AUGGCGGACCCUUUGUAUUGUGUAUGUAGACAACCGUACGACCCGACUCAGUUUAUGAUCCAGUGCGAUUCUUGCGAAGAAUGGUAUCACGGAAGGUCGGUAUCUCUAUUCCUUAGCGGCUAGUUGUUCUUUCGCUCUAAAAUAAUCGUUAAACUGCCUUUUUUUUAGUUGUGUUGGUAUUGAAGAGCAUCAAGCUUCAGACAUCGAGCGGUACCACUGCCCGGAUUGUGCGUUACUACACGGGCCACUAACCUGUAAGUAAAUGACAUCUUUACUAUCUUUAUGACUGAGUAAAAGGUAUAAGAAUGCACAAAGUCAGCAGUGUUUUUUUCAGCACGUGAAAUACUUUGGAAGGGUAACUUCGAUCGGUUAAAGCAAUACAUAGGAAGGUUUUCCGGUGCUCACUCUUCUCCCUAACUGUUUUGGAAAAAAUGUCCGUUGGUUUUUUUUACCCGUAAUUUCAAAAAAAGAUUUUAAAUCCGGUAGAUUUUCCUUCGGUUAAUAUGCCGCUUACAGAGUUGAUCUCGAUUAAGAGAAAGCGAAUCAUAUCCUGAGACAAAAUUGAACGUGCAGAUCACAGCUUACUGCCGUCAAUGAGAUCACCUGUUUGAGUGAAAGAAUCAGAAGUAAUAAAAAGGAUAUUAAUGUAAAUGCAACACAAGUCAGUUUAUGUUCGAAGGUUUCUGAGACUUUUCUAUCCAAUCACAAGGAUUAUUUCAAAUGCUGAUAUCUGUAAUUUCUUUAAUUUUGGAUGCUGAAGUUUCAAAACUUAAGCGUUUGUGUAUUGAAUCAAAGUUGUUUGAAAUGGUAAACAAUGAAUUGAAGUCUCGCGAAAGCUGUACAAACCAUGCGGGUUAAACCAUCAAAUCCUCUUCGCAAUUUUUUAAUCUUUUCAUAGCGAACUAUAUUUGGAUUCCUUCCGCUUUAAAUUGUAUGAUUAAUUUUUUAUUUUACUAUCCAACACGUGCGGUAAAAACUAUGGUUAACGAUUUUUAGCUACAUAGCGGUGAACUUGUAAUUAAUAUUACUACUUUUAUUUUGGCUUUAUUUUCUUCUUUAAACUAUUUCUGAUUACUCUUGUCCAAAUUAAUACCUUUCUCAGCAGUGCCUCACCUGUCUACUUCAUAUUUAUUUCUUUAACUUGGGACUGUUGGGGAAGUGGUGACUUACCUCUGACAACCUUAGCAGAAAUCAUCAUUAGGGUUGUCUGAACAGUUGUUGAGAAAAACUCGUCUCUUUUGUUGGCUUCCGCCAAGGUCAUGGAAAUGUCAGUCACCUCAAGUAACAACAGUUCCUCUUGGGCCUAUCCUCACAUGAACUAUGCAUGAUCAAAUGUUACCUCAAAGUUCAAACCAUUUACUGACUUGUGCUUUUCUUGCUUUCAGUGAAGAAAAGACGCAAUUGGCAUCGUCAUGACUAUAGUGAAAUAGAUGAUGGGUCAAAGGUAAAAAUGUUAUUUCUGGGCAAUAAUAUUUGGGAAACUUUAAUUUUUUAUCACUUCUGGUAAGGUUGUGGAAAUGUCAGUAAAGUCGAAUCCCAAUGACUCAAACCUUCAAGGGAAAUUGAAAAAGGUUUAAAUUAUCGCAGUUGGGAAACAAAGGACUAGAAAUAAGGCAAAAAUGGUGUUUGCUCAUUUCUCUAUUCAUACAGCAUGUGUUUUACUCAAAUUUAAUCAUAGAGAAGUUGAGUGAAAAUGGAACACCAAAUUACUGCAGAAAUCUUUAUGUAACAUAAAUGUUUUGAACUGCAGUACACUGUUCGUUCUGAUUGUCUUGUAUUGACAGACAUGUUUUGACAUGGUUCAAGCUAGCGUGAGUAAAAAUUUUUUGAAAAUGACCUGUAGGGAAACGAAAAUUGCUUUGAGUUAGUAGGUGGUUUGAGUUAUCAAGGGUUCAAGGUACAGAGGGUAACAUUGCAAUAAUUGUAUGAUGGAAAUCCAGGUGACAUCAAUUUUGGUUUGAGUUAGCAAGAGUUCUUGUUAUCAGGACUUAACUGUACAUACAUGAACUAAAUCUGCAUGAUUGAUUUAUAUCUCAUUAGGUGACUUAUGUCUUUGUAUGCAUUAGUUUUUUUUUUUGGUGACAAGUUGGCUUUUUGUUUCAUCUAGGCCAUCCAAGCAGGGACAGUUGCAUUUAUCAAGGAGCUAAAAACCAGAAAAUUCAAGUGAGUAAAGAAGUUUUCCUUAUUCCCAUCACAGUCAGUGUGUCUUUUCUCUAAUAUCAGCUAUUUUAUUUUUCUGGUAAUAUUCAGGAUGAUUAUUAGCCAUCAGAUGUGGGAAGAUUGCAGUGUGACUGCACAGAAUUGAUGGCCUGUUAUGUGCAGAUUAUUGUUCUGUUAACCCUUUCACCCCUAAGAGUGACUGACAUCUAAUUUCUCCUUACAAUAACUUCCCUGAAUCACACUUGAAGAUCACAAGAAUAAAGGAAUUGAUUACCAACUAAAGAAUCUAUUGAUUGUUAAACAAAUUCUCCUUGUCAGCACCUUAAGAAUUGUAUGAUGAACAGUAUGCAGAAUAUGCAUACUAAUGUAUGGUGUAAAGGGUUAAAUUGUGCUUGUACUUUUCUCCUGCUACUGGAUUUUUUAAAUUUUACACCAGACGAUCAGUCUCCUUAUUCUCCAUACUGUUCUCUUUACACUUCCUAUGAUACCGACAAGGAGAGUGUCAUUGACAAACAGGACCUUCUGAAAUUGGAAAUCAUUGCCUUUAUUCUUAUGACCCUUAUAUAAAUAUUUGUUUCAAGGGUAAUAUUGUAAAGAGCAAUUAGAAGCCAGUCACUCUGAAAAAGUAAAGGUUAAAGGUUAAAACCCUGAAUACUUUAAAUUGUAUCUUACAAAAUAUACCUCUGACGUACUUUUGUAAAUGUCAUUACCUCAACAGGAUGUCUGUAUGGGGAAAAAACUGUGCAAAGGUCUUUGCCGAGGGCUGUACCCAAGGCCAUGUGCACACUUUUUUCCCGUACAGAUAAAUCUAGACCAGUAAAUUACUUUUUUUUUGUUUGCUAGUUGUUUUUCCUCAUUACCACAAUUGGCGCUGAGGAAAUUAAAGACUAUAGUCUAUGUUAUUAGAAGCUGGACAGUUUUGGGCAUGGUAGUAGUCAAUCAGAUUCCAGGACUUAAGAUCCCGGCACACUGAGAUAUGUCAGAGAAAAGUGUGUUAUUUGUUGCAUCAUAAAUAGAGUUGGUGAAAAGAAACACAGCUGCAUGAAGUUUGUAACUGAAGGAGCACGAAACAGUUAUGUGGACAUUUAUCAAAUUCUGUCUUUCUGUUUAGGGAGGAUAAUGUUAUUCUCAAGUUUGAAAAUGGCACAGAUCUGUCUACAGAGUUUUUUGAGACACAUGGCUUCAACAGGCCUAUCCUUGUUACCAAUAAAGAAGGUUUGGGAAUGGUUAUACCAGACAAAAAAUUUACUGUCAUGGAUGUUGAGAGACAUGUUGGUAUGUUAGUAGUUAGAAAAGUUGAAAUUUUAAGUUUUCUAGCUAGUAUACGUUUCUUUUUGGUGCAGGUGUAAACCUAAAAUCAAGCAAAACUGAGAAUUAUCAGCUAAAAUAGAUUACUGUGACCCUUAAUUUACCAAGAUCUGAUCAAUUCUCCCCUCUAGCUACUACACAUUUCCUUGUAAAUCAGUUAUGAGAAUUUGGCAUUAGAUCACAACUUCUUCUGAAUAAGUUUUAGUUUUCUUAUUACCUGUUUGCUGGGUAAUGUAUGGACAUUAUAGAUAGAAAUUACAUGUACAUGCCAAUCACUUCCAGGAGUUAAAAGGUUAAAGAUCUUGUUCUUCAAGUAAAAUCAAGAUCUUCUUUUUGUGUUUAGUAAACUGGACUAACAGUAAUUCAUAUAUGUUGCAGGUUCUAUGAGGGAAUUAGAUGUCAUUGAUGUCUGCAGACAGGUAAAAGCCAAUUACUUCCCAUAUAUCUUUAAUUUCUCAGAAUGAAUUCAUUAUCAUGUAUGUGCACAUCCACACAUGUGUUAUGAUACCUACAAAUGUACAGUAUCGCCCAGAUAUGUGUUGACUAAAAACACAUGUAAAAUGCACAUUAAUGUGAACAUAAGUAAAUAUAACCUAAGCACGUCUAAAUUGGGCACAUAUACACUCGAGCAUUGACUCAUCUGUCUCGUUAGUAUGAGCUAGUUUACAGUGUAUCUGUAGCAAAUAUACUGCUACUGCUUGUUAUUCAAUGAAUCUGCAAAGCAAUGUGAUAUGCAUUUGUAACAUGAUACCUUUUUUCAAUAUAUUAAUUUUACAUUGUUAACUUGCCGCUUUUUCUACCCAAAAGUUCUUCAUUCCAAAGAAUGUGAUGUAUUUUUAGCAGUUUUGGCAUGUUGCGCAAGAGAUCUGUUUAGGAGAGGUGGAAAAUGGGGUACAUUUGUAGUUUGCAAUGAAGAUGACAAUAGAACUAAUCUGUAGCUGUUCUGUAUCAUGUAGAGCGGAAUGAGUCAUUAUUAACCCUUUAAGUCCCACUAGUGACCUAAACAGAAUUUCUCCUUACACAAUCAGUACAAUGUCAAGCAGACAAGUAAUGAGAAUAAAGAAAAAUAUCAAUUAGGAGAUAAUUAGGUGAUCCAAUUCCAAAUUCUCAAUACUAACAUCACAAGAACUAUACGGCAGACAGUAUGGAGAAUUACUAAUGAGAUCUUGCGAGUUGAAGGGUUAAUUAAACAAGUGUUGGAAUCAGUUGUAAUUUAGUCUUAUCAACUGAGUUGAUAAUGUAAAUUGGCCACUGUAAAGAGUUUCAAAGCUGAGGUUUCAACUACAGGCUAAUGCCCAAAACCAAUUUUCGUUUUCAACUCAGUUGAUAAUGGUAAAUUACCUUGUUAUACUCUCCUACUGAUGCAGCACCACAGUUUCUUAAGAAAGGUACCCCUUUUAUUCACUUGAAUCAGUUGGUCUAGUUUACAAGUGUAAUUGUCUGAAAAAAAUUGCAGGAGGAUCAUCGUAUGCGCAUGCGAGAAUGGACUGAAUAUUAUGUUAGUCCUACCAAGAAAAAGAUUUUGAAUGUUAUUAGUUUGGAGUUCUCUAAUACAAGGUAUGGAAAUUUUUCUGUAUAAUACAUGUACAUGUAUGCAGCAGUUAGUUCACUUCCUUCCUUUCUACCAGUAAUCAAUUAUUUCUAAAUUGUGUUGAAAUGCCCCACCCAAGUGCUAAAUCUGAUAAUUGUUUUGUUUUGUUUUUUUUUUUUUGAAAAAGGCAAAACUAGAACUUAUGGACCUUUUCUUCUGAGCCAUCUGCUUGUAAAAACUUUACCUUCAACACCUCAGUCCUUAUUUAAGUGUUAAACACUUGUAUUUCCCAGGAAAGAUUGGCGUUUGUGGUUCAAAUUCCCUACCUCAGCCAGACAAGGUUUAAAAAUUCCCCACCUCCUGGGCAUGGAUGACAGUGGGUUGUUUGGGAGUUGAAGGGCUUGAAGGUUUGAAUUGAGUAACACAUAAUAAUGUAUGGUGGAGGUUGGGUUUGAAGGUUCAAAUUGAUUGGCACAUAAUAAUAUACUAUUGCCAUUAUCAUAUUACCAUACUGAUGUUACUCUGGGCUCUUAUUUUUUUCAGUUUGUCGUCUCUUGUUCAUGCUCCAGCCAUUGUGCGAGAUAUUGAUUGGGCCAGUCAUGUGUGGCCAACAGAUCUUCCUGAUGACAGGUAGGGUUAAGUCUCAUAAAUGACCAAGAUAGAAUUUCUCCUUAAAGUGUUAAAACAAUAUCAAGGAGCCGAGUGAUGAGAAUAAAGAAAAUAUCAAUUACUGAGUAUUUGUUAACCAUUUCACUUCCAUGAGCGACCAAGACAGAAUUUCUCUUUACAAUAUCAAUACAAUAACAGGCAGACAAGCAAUGAGAAUACUUGUUGAUUUAGUACCAAAUUCUCAGAACUAACAUCACAUGAAUUAUAUUGCAGAUAGUAAGGAGAAUUAGUAAUGAUAUGUUGGGUGUGAAAGGUUUAAGCCUUUGAGUGACCAGCAUCUAAUUUCUCCUUACAUUUACUUUUUCAAUCAUUCAGUAAGAUCAUGAGAAUAAAGGAAAUGAUCACCAACCUACAUCUGUAAGAAACUUUGAUUGUUAAACAAAUCUCCUUGUCAGGACCUUAGGAAAAAAAUGGUUAAAGAACAGUGUGAAGAAUAUGCAUUCUGAUUGUAGCGUUAGCCUUUUAGAAGAUUGACCAUUUAAUACACAGACGGAAUUUCCUUGAAUAAGUGCCUGGGUGCUCAUUUAGAACUUUAGCUAUAAAGAGGGGCACUCAUUGGAAGGAGGGCGCUUGAUCAUGGGGAUGCUUUCUAACAAACCAUUCUCCAGUAUUGAUUCCACUGUAGUUGAAGAUUAAAAGGUUAUAAAUAAAGUGGCAAUAGAUACAGGUUUUCCAUGUUUACCCACUAUUUCACAUUUAUUCCUUAAGAGUGACAAGGUUCUAAUUUCUCCUUAUAAUAUCAUCCCUGAAUAAAAGGUUGAAGUCACAGGAAUGAGGGAAAUGAUCAGCAACUAAUAAAGCUCUGUGAUUGUUUUACAAAUUCUCCUUGGUAGAACCUGGGAAAUGUAUAGAGAACAGUAUGGAGAAUAUGCAUAAUGAUCUUAGGGUGUAAAGGGUUAAGAAAGUGAGGGAGGAGAGGGGUGUUUAAUCAAGGGGGGCAUUUGUUUGAUAUUAUGACCAAGGGGAUGGAUGCUUACCAGUAUUUGGGGGAGGGAAGGGAAGGGCACAUAUUAAAGCAUGGACACUAAAUCAAGGAAAUACAAUGUAUCUGAGGGAAACUAUGACAGGAUUCACUUGUUUUUACUAUCCCUAACAGCCCACACAAGAAGCCUUUGGUACAGAAAUACUGUUUAAUGGGUGUGAAGAAUUCAUACACAGAUUUCCAUGUUGACUUUGGAGGCACCUCAGUGUGGUAUCAUGUUUUGAAGGUCAGUGAAGUUAAACAUGAAUAUCUGUUCAAAUUAAUUACAAAAAAUGGCUGUGAGGAAACUGAGAAUUAUCUAAAACUCAGCAAAUGUCUAGAAAAGAAAAAGCAACAUAUGAAAGCCAUAUGGAGAGACAAACUUCAAUUUAAGUGCCAAAGAAAAUAAUUACACCUCAGGUGGGGAAUAUUUGGAUCAUUGUCAAUAUCUAAGCAACUGUGCAGCUUUAUGUACCUUAAACACCCCCCCCCCCCCCCCCUCAACCUAACAUUAACCCUUUCUUGUUAUCAAUUGCCUGUUGUUGAGUUAGGGGAAGGUUGGGUGUGCAGUUGGUUGGGUGUGCAGUUGUUUAGAUCUGAGAUUGAUCUAAAUAUUUUAUGAGCCAGAUGAUUAAGGUAAAUGACAUCCAUUUAUGAGAAUUGUAUUUGAAUUGUAUUUGUAAAAGAAAACUUAUCCCUUUAACUCCCAAGAGUGAUCAAGGCAGACUUUCUCCUUGCAAUAUCAAUACAAAAUCAAACAGAAAAGUAAUGAGAAUAAAGAGAAAUAUCAAUCAGGGGAUUACCAGUUGAUCCAAUAUCAAAUUCUCCAAGUUAACAUUAAAGAAUUGAUUGACAGACAGUAAGGAGAAUUACUGAUGAGAUCUUGGAAGAGAAAAUGUUUAAGUUACAUCAUUAUUCAGGUACAUAGACAUAUAUCAGGUAUGUUGACAUAAAAUUAGUUUGUAUAUUGUUUUAAUUACACAAAUUCCUCACUUAUUCAGGGUGAAAAAGUGUUUUACUUUGUUGAACCCAGUGAAGAAAAUUUCACCAAGUAUGAAAAAUGGGUUUCCUCUGCUCGGCAAAGCGAGGUGUUCUUUGGUGAUAUGGUGAAGAACUGCUACAAGUGUUCAGUAAAACCAGGCCAAACCAUGUUUAUCCCAACAGGUGUGUAUGAAUUGAAGCAGCCUGUUAACCCUUAACUCCCACGAAAGACCAAGACAGAAGUUCUCCUUACAAUAUCAAUACAAAAUCAACCAGAAAAGUGAUGAGAAUAAAGAAAACUAUCAAUUUGGGGCUAAUUAAAUGAUACAAUACUAAAUUCUCUGAACUAACAUUAUAGGAAUUGUAUGGUUGACAGUAAGGAGAAUUGCAAAUUUGGUCUGGGAAUUAAAGGGUUAAAGGCGUUCAGUUUUUAAAACGGAGCGAAGUUAACAUACGGCGCAGUAGUGACGGAGGAGCGGAAAACAGCAAGCAGGUUUGGGUCAGGUUUCGACCCCACUAACAGCUCCCUCGUUUUUUUUUCUCUCAGGAACUAUCAUCAGUUACUUAAUUAAAAUGCGAACUCAUUCAGAGUCAGCCUACAUUGUACAUGCUUUGAGUAGCGAGAUUUAGAGCACAGAAUACAUGUAGAACACAAGAGCACUGCACAUUGUGUCACAUUAGUGUGGUCUAUCAGUGGUUUCAAUAGCUUUCUCCGUAAGCGGCUGAGAAUGGUGUAAUAGGCGGGUGUACCGUGAGGCAAAACCCAAAAACUUAAAGCCUACUUGUUGGCUAAACGGACGGUGGCAGACCGCUGGAAACCGGCGGCUUCAAUUGAAACCUCUAGUUCACUUUUUGUGCAGCGAGAAUGACGUUUACCAGCGAAAUGUUUUCAUCAUUUCAGGCUGGGUUCAUGCAGUAUUUACACCAGUUGAUUCACUGGUGUUUGGAGGGAACUUUCUCUGUACUUACAACACUGAACUUCAGCUGAGGUAAGUCCAAUGCUUAAGAUCUACCUAGUAAUUCUCCCUUCUACCUUCUCUACAUUUCUUUGGAAACUACUGAAGAGAUUUUGGUGUUAUAUCACGGUAAAACCUUCCCACUGAUCCUCUUCCUCUUUUCGUCGCCUGUUUUCUGGAUAAUCUGUCUAAUCUGAAUUUUACGUCAAUCAUUAAGUCGUUGGUUAACUCCCUCAACUCCUAAGAUCUAAUUCUUAAUUCUCCCCUCAAGCUGCUACAUAUUUUGAUGUAAAUUAGUUACAAGAAUUUUGUGUUAGAUCAAGAUAACAACUUUAACCUGAUACGUUUUAGUAUUCUUAUUACCUGUUUGCCGGAUCAUGUAUGAAUAUUAUGGGGAGAAGUUACGUUUUAAUCGCUUCUUGAGGAUGAUGCGCAUAUUGUUGAAUAUUCUCAGGGUUUAUCAACUCGAAAGACAACUCAAGACUCCUGAUAAAUUCCUUCAUCCGUGUUUUGAGACGAUAAACUGGUAUGCUGCCGUGUAUUUACUCGAUAAGAUAAAGGGUAAGGAAAGGAUUUCUAUGUGCAGUUUUGUUUUUUAGCACUCUUACGACCAGUUAGAUGUCAUUAUCGACACUAUCAGAAAAUAAUGUAAUUGCGAAACACGAAAAGUUUACCAAAUGCACAUAUUAGCAAUUAAUAAAGACUAAAGCAGAAUGGUAAAUGAACAGGAUGCCUGUGCUUGAUUAAGCUUUAGUUGUGUUCGGAAAGUUUUGAGUGUUCCUUUUGUUUCCUUUUAUAGAUUUCUGGGAACAUUUCAAUUACUUUUGCUUAUUUUGCGAAACAGCGGUUGUUUCUUAUCUUUUCCUCAGAAAUUUUUAGGCGGGAAAUUGGCGCACGGCGCCAAAAAUUGAUCCCCUCGCGCAUGCCAAGCGUUCGACCGCUGUGUUGACCGACUUACGCUACACGAGUCUUACAUUAUGGCAAAACUGAACUGGACUUACAUCACUCGAUUCGCUAAUAACUCUUCACUCGACUCUGAUGAUGACUUGCGCCAAGGUUGUCUAAACAUCAGUGACUUCUUUCACCUGGGCGAUCCGACUACACUUUCAAAUUACUUUUCUGUUGUUGUGUUUUGUGGCGCAGCCGUCCAUGAAGCAGGCAGAAAACCUCCCAUCAGUGUAAUACAGAGUUUAAACAGCCUCGUAGCAGUACUCAAGGAGUGGAGCGCUAAAGGAGAGGUAAGGCUGCAGUCACUGCUAGUUUAAAUGGGGUAAGUUUUUAAAGAAACUGUGGUGCUGCGUCAGAGGGUUAAUAUAUAGAUUUAGCUAAGCCUAAAAGCGGAGCUCGCAUUUUUUUUCCAACGCCUUGCUACCGCCAGGACUAGAACCCGGGUCGUCCGACUCGGAGCCCAGUGCACUGACCACUGGACUACUGGACAAAACCGUGGCGUUGGCGUGCCCGCGGUACAGUUGGCCACGCAUGUUAAAAGUAGCACCUUGUACGGUCGUACAUUCAAUUUUUUCGGCUUGAUGGGUUACUACUAUUUUGUUUAAUUAUGGGGCUACGCUCUGCGAGCUCCGUUAUUACAGGAUAAUUUGGUUCUAUCAACUGAGUUGAUAAUGUAAAUUGGCCACCGUUAGGAGUUUCUAAAGCGGAUGUUUCGAGCCCUUCGUCAGAACGAAUAGAGGAAUUGUGGGUUGUGUGUUGUUUAUAUACAGAGAAAUGGAGCUGCGCUAUUGGUGGGAACAUGGCCACGUGGAAAACCAGGGCUCGAACUUAACUUUUUUGUCUACUAGCAAAGUUUUGCUAGUAAGAUUUUUUUUACUAGCAAAAGAAGGAACCUAACUAGCAAAUGUUUGCUAGAGGAUAUUUUUUAGACUCGCAACUUCGAAAAACCACUCGCAUUUCGCAAGUUUGCGAGUGCUAAUUUUGAGCCCUGAAAACACAAGCAUGAAUUGGUUGAAUGAAAAGCGUUUGUUGAUACCAUGAGGAUUGUUAGUGCUGAUUUGAAAGAAUUUUUUUUUUUAGAAAUUUGCGGCCUUACGAACUACCCAGAUGUAGAAAAAGGCUUAUAACUAGGCUAAAACAACAACGUAUCUUCUUAUUUAAUACCGUGUUGUCAUGCUGCUAAAUUUGUCUUCAAUUUAACAGGCGUUCACGAAGCUUCACAAGUUCUUCAUUCCCGACAGUGUAUCGCCCAGCAAGCUCAUUAAGUCUAUUGCUAAAGAACUUAAAAAGACCGAGGUUUGUCUACUUCACUUGUGUUUAGAGAAAUUUUCCACCGAGGAACGGAAGCAAUCCAGGCUUUCAUUCUUUUUCUUUUACCUCAUGCUUUGAAAGUCAGAAAAUUGAAACUUAUUGCGUUGUCGAGUUCUCCUCGCGAUGAUAUGCUUUGAUCCGAGUGGUCGUUGUGUUCUCUAUUUACAAUACUGUUAUUUUGGCUUUUACCUAACCAAAUCUAAAUGUGCCACAAAGGGGACUUGUAUCAUUUAUUCUAUGUUGUAUUCAUGUAGUUUCUUAUUAUGUCUUUAUUUAUUUCAUAAAAUCCAUUGUUACCUUCGAGACCUUGGGCGUUUAAAAGUUGGAGAGCGCCAUCCGGCUGAUGAAUCGUGCUCAGGGAAAAUUUUAGGCAAGAGUUUGUAAGCUAACAUCAUGAAACAAUUUUGCUUUGAUUUCAGAAAUCGGGAAAAACUUCAAGGCCCUCAACCCCUAAAAUCGACGAGAACUGUCAACAGGGAAGUGGGAGUCCAGUGGCUGCGCCGUUGGUUGACGGGUCUGUGCCGCGCCUAAAAAUCAAAGCUCCCAAACCGGAGAACUACAAUGUCUGCAAUUCGAAAAAUGCCGGGGAAUAUUUAAAAUGUGAGCUGGAUGACAGUAAACCCGUGAUAAGAAUAGCAAACACUGGAUUAGAUUUAAAAAGAAAAGCUGAUCCACUUUCAACAAGUCUUCCCUCGCUCAAGCUGAAGAUUCCACGAACGCAGGAACCACUGGCACGCGAAAUGGAGUCGAAUGGCAACAAAGCGCAGCUCGGUGCCUCAGUGGACUCUGGGCUGAAGCUUGUUGUAUCGAAUGGAAAAAUUAUCAAGUGAGUUUUUUAAAUACAGCCAGCUCUAAUAUUCAGCCUCUAGGUUUGGUUGUUGUUGCUUUUGUUUUUUUUUUUUUCUCCGACUUCUGUUUAUUUUCCUUUUCGAGAGUUAUAUAACUGUGGUAAUUAAUCCGAGAUUAUAUUAUGAUUGUCUAGAAAACUCGCGCGACACCCUCAACCAAUCAACAUGCAAGCUUAAAACCAAACGCUUUUUUCUUACUCGCUUUUCCUGCUUAAUUUCUGUCUUCCACUCGGUUUUCCCGCGCUUUAGACAGUUUGCUUACAGGAUUUUAUUUUGAGCCCUCAUUGGCUCUCAUUGAUAUUUUCCAUCGUUCUGAUUGGCUGUUGUGAUAGUUUCGAUAUUUUGGUUCUACAACGCUCCAACAUACAUUUGUCACUUGGAGUUCGGAAGAGAAUGAUUCCUCAACAGAUCGCAGUAUAAACUUUUCCUUAUAUUACGCUUGUGUUAUUAAGGGCGAGAAAAUAUUCCAACGCUCUGCUGUUUAUUCUUUCAUAGUAAUAACAAUCGCAACAGUAGAAAAAUGGCAGGUAAAAAAUUCCAGCCGCUUUCGCAAGAGGUGUCUGACCGAAGCGAUAUCCCGGAUGGUUCAUAUUCCUGUUCUCCGUCCAAGCAAGGACCACUGCGGCUGAAACUGUCCAGUAAGCUGUUAUGUUUUACAUUGCCCCUCUUGACAUUAGCCUGUUUUAGGCAAGCAGUUAGUUUGUGAGGGCGAGCUGAAAAGCGGCACGAGAGAGAAGAAAUACUUCUUUCCAGACCCUUACUGAUUUUCCAUGUGAAAACAUAAAGACCACGGAGACACUUUCUUUUGCCUGGCUGUUGAAAGGGUAGGGGGCAAGACAUUCUAUCAAUGUCCACCGAGAAGUGUUGAUUUUGAGGUCUGUACGUACAGUUGAAAAUGAUUUCUUUUGCUGAAGUAGACUAACUUGCACGAAUUUGCCACGGAAAAGAUCUCAGCAUCAACUGAAUUGCAUAUCUACCGUUACAUGCAAUUUACAAUCCACUUACGAAUCUUCCUCUAAUUAAUCCACAGUGAACAACAUGCCUAACAAGAACGCCCCUUCCUACCCCACCCACACGACAGAGAGUAGCAGCGACACCUCAGAUAAUGAACUUAACUUCAGUCUCGGGGGAACUCCCAGCUUCGUCCCUGCACAGUUAAGAACGACACAUGGAAGCCUGGCGACCACUUUUGGGCUCCAGGCCACGGGAUCAUUUCCCCGGACUCAACAACCUGUGGCCGGUUUGGACUGGACUUCAGCGACUGAUCUUAAGUAAGAGUUGGCAUACACAAUAAAAUUAGCUCGAGACAAAAUCCCCUUUCAAUUACGUUGAGAGAGCUUGGGUCGGUACAUGACGUCACGUUGAUGUCAUUAGGUUACGUCAUGUCUGUAGAACAAAUGAAGGUCGAGCUUUUGAGAGCGUGACGUUGAUUAAAAAAUAUAUUUUUGGUCCUUUCAUCAGGGAGGAAAUAGAAGCGGCCAAAACCCUCUUGUUCGGUCUCAGUGCUGGCGCUGGUGUCAGUUCACUCGGAUCUUCAUCCGCCCAAUCUAUCCCCAGUACCGCACGAAAAUCAGCUAGUGCCCAGUCUUCGCAUUCAACUGUAGCACACAGUACUUCCAAGUUGAACUCCAAGCGAGCGGGAGGCGAGAGUAACUCGGAGGGCGAAGACGAAGAUCUUGGAUUUGGAGACCCAGAAUAUUUCCACGACAGUAAAUACGGUGAGGAGAUAAACUAGAGUUCGUGAUAGCGAAAACCUUGGAUGCAAUCAGGCAAACAAAGAAAACAAUUCUACGUUACUGAUGAGCACCUCAUGCUUUAAGUGCAUCAAUCUGACAAAAUUUUGGUCAAGAGAAAGAGCAGUUUUUAAUCGAGUAUUUAAAGUAAUCCAAGAUCUUUGAUUGGUCCACAAAAUUUGCGCCUUUUUUCUCUACCAAUCAGAUACAAAUUUAAAACUAAUCGUGACUUGGUCACCCGCGUCUUCCCGUGCUCUUGGCAGUUAACUUGUUACCAUUUUCCCAUUGACUCCUUGUUUAUGAUUGUUCCGGUAAACUCGAGCCUUUUUGUCAACCAAUCAGAUGCAACUUUAAAACCAAUCACGACUUGGUCACCUGCGUUGUCUUGCGGGCAGUUUACUUGUUAUCACUGUCUCGUGGACUCCUUGUUUAUGAUUGGCCCAAAAAAAUCGCGCCUUUCUCUCAACCAAUCAGGGGCAAAUUUUCCGGCGCUCUGGGCACAUUACUUGUUGUCAAUUUCUCUCAGACUCCUUGUGAUGAGUUCCUGAAUGUUUUUCUCAUUUUCUGCGCAGUAUAUCCACCGCUCGCUGAGAUGACAGAGGAAGACAAAAAUAAUUCAUGGAAGCCCGGCCAACGAAAGAAAAAGAGCGAAAAAGUUGACUCGACGUGGAAUCCGAAAAGUAAGUAACUCAAAGUUUUUGUUUAACUGAUGUCUUAGCUGUGUUGAGUUCACUUGUACUUGAGCAGUGCGCAGGUUUUGCCUUGGUCACACACAGCUAAAACAUCGGUCACGUAAUGUCACGUUCAAGUAAACAAACAAGAUUGGAAAAAAUGGCCAUGUUUUGCUCAACAGGUAAACUGCAUUGUUCGCCAUCGCGGGAAGAGAGGCCAGUUCGUCCGAAAUCCAGACGAACUACCACCGGUAGUUUGCUGAAUUCACCAGUAGAAGAAAGCGCUCCUGAGGUGAGUGGAACCAUUAUUAACGUACUUUCCAUUUUUUUUUUAAUUUGUUACCUUGGAAAUUUUUCAAUGUAUGUCCUUCUUAAGUAGUGUCAUUCUUGUGAAAAAUCGAACGUUUGUGGCAUUGUAUAAUUGUCGAUUGCAUUAUGCCAAUUCUUUGGUUUUACGAGACUCGAGUUUAUAUCGAUUUUUGUGUUAACCCUUUGACCCCAAAUGAUGACCAGUGUCUAAUACCUCCUUACAUUAUCACCCCUGAAUCACAUAUUGAUGUCACGAGAAUAAGGGAAAUGACCACAAACUAAGAAAGCUAUCGAUUGUUCAACAAAUUUUCCUUUUCAGAAUCUUAGGAAAUGUAGAGAGAACGGUACGGAUAAUAUGCACGCUGAUGUGAUGGUGUAAUAGGGUUAAACAGUUUCAGUUCUUACUUUUUCCUUAACUUUUGGAUUAUUGAUGUAGGCUCAAGCUUUGAGCCAAACCUUCUGCCUGGCAAAAGCAAAUUUUUUGAAAAGAGGGUUUAGUUUGGGAUUGCGGUGAGGCUAUGGUAGUCACACUUUGUAAGUCUCAUUCUCUCGAUCUUUCGUUUACAGGGACCUUCUCCUUCCGUUGGAAGUGCCAAGGGAAGUGACCGAGGAAGCUCAAGCGGAAAUAAUUCAGGAGCGCUCAACGGAAGUGAAAAAGGCUCAGUACCAGAUCCAACACCGAGUAAUUCAAAACCUGAUAGCAACGCAAAAGGUGAGGCUGGUUAAUAUCUACGGUCAUGCCCUCCUCUUUGUUGACAGCUUGCUUCUAUAUGUUUUGCUGUGAGUUUUUGUUCGUAGGGAGUUGUACAUAAGUCAGAUCUAGAAAAUGACGUCCUAUAUUUGCGUUAUCAGACCUGCAGUGUAGGGGUGGAGGGGUGGGGGACAUUCAAAGUUUUAUUUGGAAAAAAAAAACAAAAACAAAAAAAUAGAAUCGUUUUACGUUUGCUGCCUUUGUAAGCUAAGAAAUCUUUAAAAACAGGUAAAUUUUGAACACUUCAUUUUUAAUUUGCCAUUACAUCGUUGUAAUAACUCUUUUGUCAGACAAGUCGUAAAAACCCAACAGGACUCUGGGCUCAGGGGUCUAAUCCGCCCCGCCCCCCACCCUGAUCCUCCCCCUGGAUCCACCACUGCGCUCGUGUAACCCUUUAAACCUUAAGGGGGGAUAGCAUGUAAUUUCUCCUUACAAUAUCACCUCUGAAUCGCACACUAAGGGAUAAGGGGUCAGUCAUUAUGCGGGUGGGUGGAAGAUUUUGCAAGGAUCACAUGGUUUUUAGGGGAAGGGGGGAGGAUCAGUCGACGCCAAAAGAGUAUUGGGGGCAGAAAAUUGACUGCCAAUUAACUGACAUUGAGGGGGCCGGGGGUCCUAAGAAAAUAUUACAGAGUCUCAAGGUGGAUUAGAUAGAUUUAUUCGGGGGAUGGGGAUCCGAGCCGUUCCUACCUACCCCCCCCCCCUUCACCCUUCGACCCACCAUACCACUGUUUUGACUGUCAUUCACUUUUACUUCCUGUGCAGUCCCGGGUAAAAGAGGACGUCAAAAGGCUGUAACCACGACAAAACAGCGUCUUGCGAAAAUUCUUAAGCUUGACAAGAGUGGACGAUAUAUGAGAUAAAGGCGAGUGCAGGGCAUGGAAAAAAACAACUGACGUUUCUUUCGGGGAAAAAAUAAAUGGCCAGAAGCUUUGAUAUUUAAGUUUACAUUGUAUCGCUUUCAUCAGUAACAAUAUUGCACGGCAUUAAGAGAAAUCUUUUCAGUUUUUUUUUCCUGAGAAACUUUAGUUUUUACAUAUUCAAAGUAUUGUUGAAAUGUUGUUGAAGUGUAAUUUGAAAAGCAAUGACAAAAAGAUUCCCUAAAUUACUUUAUAAUUCUACUGAGUACUUCGUGCUUUAGUACUUUAAGGGGAUUACUUUCCUCUUUUCAAAACUAAAAAGAGGCGGUCAGAAAAUCGGGUAAUUCUGGUUUUUGGUGUAGUUGUUUAACGUACAAGUUGUCUAAUUUCUCUCACGGCAAGUACUUCAACAAAACCAAAUAGUUAAAUUAUCAAUUACAGAAAAAAAAAUUGGGAAAAGCUUUGUAAAUAGAGUUUGGGCUGUAUCGCAGGCAAGAUUUGCGUAUUUUUGAGAUUUGUAACAUUGCAUUGUCAAAUUUCUUAAAUUUGAAAUUAGCAGUAACGUACACUAAUGAUAGAGAAAUUGCAAACUUUCUUGAAUUAGUUUAUUUUUGUUUCGGAAAAAUAACUCAACAUAUUUUUAGUGGUCUCCGUUCCAGCUUUCUUUUUGGAAAUGUCAUGCAGAGCGACUUUAGGGCGAGUGUUGCGUGACAUCCAAGAGAGCGGUUGCUACAGUAGCCUUAAUUCCCUUAUUCCAUUAACUCUUUCACUCUGAAGAGUGACCAAAACGGAAUUUUCCUUCGUAGGAUUGAAACAUUUACAAGCAGUAAGGUGAUAAGAAGAAAAAGAAAAUACCAACCAGUGUAUAUCUCUUGAUUUGAUAACAAAUUUUCAGAACUGAAACCAUGGUUAUUAAGAUCUUGGGAGUGACAGGGUUUUAAAGUUUAACCCUCUAACUCCUAAGAUUGAUAAGGUUCUAAUUUUUCUCAGCAGAAUAACCUCGACUAAGUCUUUGGCUAAGCGCUUUUCAAAGUGUACCUUGUACUUAUAUCGCGCUGAACGAGACCUUGACUAAUGGCUUAGUGUGUUAAUUCUGCGCAUGGUGUCUAAAGCUGUUUAAUUAAUGCUUAUUAGAUAGAUUUGAAAUUUUCCCGCCAAUUAUUUUGUACUACGCCUUUGUAAACUUGAUUUCACGUUUUGAAUUUCUGUAGUGGUUUCCAGCCUUUAACAAUUUACAAACAAAAUAAGAAAUUUUAAGAAAGAUGUGUAUUUAAAUUGUAUUUAUGGUAUAUUUAUAGACCUGUUCGCAGUCUUGCUUGACUGUGUGUGUUCAAUAAACAUUUUUUUAAUGAGAUUGUUUUAUCGUAGUCAGUGACUAUGAUUAAGUUGUAGAAAGCGCGCUAACUCCCAGCAAACACAGUGGUCAAACGUCGGGCAUGCGCGAGGAGAUCAUUUCUGGCCGGCCGCGCGCCAAUUUCCCGCGCGAUAUUUUAAAGGGAUACAAAAGAAGCAACCGCUGCCACGCAAAAUAAACGAAACAGAAUUAAAACUUUCAUAGAAAUCUGUGGAAGGAAACAAAAGUAGUGGGAAAGAAAAUUUGAGACUUUCGGAUUCAAAGCAUAUUUCAGGCGGGUAUCCUGUCUGUUUUGAGCCUUAACAAAGAGGUUAGAUGCUUCUUAAAUGCCGUGAUUUACUGGCUUUUGUGGUUGUUGGUAACACGGGCGAGGAAACACGGUUCUGGCAGCUUGAAAGCACAUAACCUGGUCAUUACAACGUUUGCACAUGCGUAGACGUUGUUUGCGGUCCUCUACCAACUAGGAUCCCCAACCGCUGACCCUUUUGUCGGCAGCACUGAAGAUUAAUAGGCUCCGUUCAUCUGAGUUUGCGAAGAAACUCCUCCCCCUCUGUCUUCUUUGGUGACUUGUUUCUUUCACCAGCCUAUCAGAGAUUGGACCCGAAAAGCAAAAGGAAUAGCAGGGAGAAAGUCGUAAAUGGAUCGAAAUUCAGUUUCAAGCGACAAUAGGGAUCUUUAGAAGUUAGGACGGCAACGCUAAGGAAGAUGUCUAUUUAAAAAUGAAUAUGUAUUUUUAGUUGGAAUUUCGCGAAUGACUGGAUGUGCUUACCAUAUAUCUCUUACGGCGCCACAAGUUAACCUCAGCAUAACGAACGAGGGCGACGUUGAAUUCCAAAUGGAAACUUAAAUAAUUUGUCGUCGGGGUUUCCUUUCUCAGACCACACAAAUUUUGAUGAUUUCACGUUAUUUUUCAGAGGACGGCUUAGAAAUGUACAUAGUUUUAAAACGCACGUGUUGAGCUAUUGUUCUGCUCCUUAGAUAUUUUUUUUUUGCUACGUUCUCGUUGGUGUCGCCGUCCUGGGUUGCUUAAGGUCCCUUGUAACUAUCUCAGGACGGUCUCAAUGAGGUUAACCAGUAGCAGUAAAACGGCUAGCCGUAAAAUGUUAACCGAAAAAUUUUUUUUCUUUUAAUAACAAAGGAAGGAAGUUAAGUUUUAGCCAUAAAAUGGCCUGAAGUUUAACUGUAAGCCUUCAUUCCAUUGAGACUCUAUUAGAAGUAAUGUUUCACAUUAGGCAGAGAAAUCUUAAACUUAGAGAAUGCUAAAAACUAUUAGAUAAACUGUAAAGAAAAACACAAGGGAGCAUUAAACUGUGGUGGGGCAAGGAUGGAAAAGAAUGAAACGGUUAUAAAAUUUCGAACUCGGUUGAAAAUUCUUCGCCAAAUUUUUCAAGAUGCACCAACCAUGACUUGGCUUCUCAAUUUCUAAAUGGGAUUGUUCGUCUGUGCAGUUCCGAGUUGUUAAUAAAUUUUAAAACAGACUGCACAGUACAGUCAUAGCCGAUGCCCAUGUGUUUUCUUCUUUUUCUCUUUUAUUAUUUUCAUCGUCGUCUUUUCAUCUCAUUGUGAAGAGUCAUACCGGUCCCAACUGAAUAUUGUUGCAUAAUGCGUGUAAUUAAAUUCACAAAGUAGGCAACCUCGUUUUAAUUCUCUGUCUAUAUUUAAAGAAACGUUUUACUUCUUUGCCAUAUUGCGAUGGUAUUUUUAGGUUAGUUUCCUUUGACGGAAAGGUUAAAAAUGUCAAAUAAUCUCUGCGAUGUUAUUGUGUCGUGUUAAAGGUGUUCUGUGAAAGAUCCUAUGAAAUGAGUACAGACUUGAUUAACCCUUUAACUCCUAGAAGUGAUUAACAUGUAACUUCUCCCUACAAUAUCCAUACAUUAUUCACCAAACAGGUAAUAAGAAUACUCAAACUUAUUAGGUUAAACUUGUUAUCUUGAUCUAACACCAAAUUCUUGCAGCUAUUUUACAAGGAAAUAUGUAGCAGCUAGAGGGGAGAAUUUACAAUCAGAUCUUGGGAGUUAAAGGGUUAAGGAGACAAGAAUUUCAAACUGUUUUUUCACAUGCAUUUUUAUUCGACGCUGAAGACAUUCAUGAUACUGUUCUGGUAACAAGUCUUUCGACUAACAGUUCGUCGAAGCGAAAAGAAAUAAUUCAUAAUUUAAGGAGUAAUAGUAAUAAUCGUAACUAAUUUUAUAGUUCAUUUCCUUCGGUAUAUUCGGAUAUCAGUUCGAUAUAAAUUGUGGGUUGCCCUGACAGUUAGUAAGAUCCUUCACGAGACAGGACACCAUCAACAUGUCUCACUAUCAUUGUAGAUUUGUCAAAACAAAAGAACUGCAGAUAUUUGCGGUUUUUUUUCUUCUUUUUUGUUAUGGGAGAAAAAAGUAAGACGAAAAAAAGGAAAUUCCUCAUAUUGAAUACAUAUCAGCUGUUCCCCCCAAAAAAAUUAUGUUGAAUUUUCACAUAAUUAAUUUCCAUACCAGUAGCGAGAGAGGAAGGGUGUCCAACUCUGAGUUGCUAUCCUAACGAAUUAACGGCAAGCAAGGUCUAUUCGGAUAAGACACUUGUUCUCAAUUGAAACGGUUUAGUUACACUUUAAAUUCAAAAAGAAACAAGUGCCUAAAAAAGCAAACUCAAAACGAAUCAUCACACUGAACAAAAUAGUCAAAUUCAUGGUCAUUUACUGACAAUAUCGUAUUUAAACAUUGAAUUUCUUUUGCACGUUUCUUUUCAUUGGAAUGUUAAACUUAUUUUUGUUCUUCAUCAUAACGAUUAUUCCAAGACAACUGAGACGGAUUCAGACAAGGCAGCUUCGAAGUUCCAUAUGAACCUUCCGUCCAGUUCCGACGGAGAAAAAUAUUUUGCAGAGUCCUUACGGUGCCACGGCGCACUUGUAUCAUCUUCCAGCAGUAAAUGACAGGAUUUAGAGAUGAAGUAAGGCACAACAGUGAACAACUGUACAAAUAAAAUAGCUUUAAAGUGGCAUUUGGUCGACAGAGGGAUACAUACGCUACAAAAUUGCAUUAGUUGGGCAGGUAGCGAAUAAAAAAUAAUAUGAAAACAUAGAACGUGCUAGUAGCGGUUUUCCUCUGCUUUACAUCGUUCACUACCAUUUCACCAUCUUGUGAAAUUUGUGGUACUUGUAAAGCUUGAAUUUGGUCUGUGGCGCAGCGCUACGAAAUAAAUUCUACAGUAAACAGCAGUCAGAGACGAGACACAUGUCGACCCAAAAGAUCCUUAUCACUGAAAACAAAGCACUACACCCCCAUAUCAGACAAGACACCAACAACAAUGCGCUUGUGAGUUACGAGUUCCUGAUAUCUGAGAUGAAGACGAAUGGCUGAGAAUCUGUUUGUCUACACCGAGAGCAGUAAUACUGACAGACGAAGCAUACAAGAUAAACUUUACUUUACCUGUAAUAUUAAUAAUAUGGCGCCCAGUGGACGCAGAAUCGCCUGACGUGUUUUUGCUCAUUGUAGAGCCUUGGCUAACUCAGCGACGUAAAACUGGGUUGUAACAAUAACCCAACACCAAGGUCAGAAACAGCAAGACUCAGCAGCAACGUUUUUUUAUGUCUUUGAAAAGGAUGAAGCUUUCCUUAUUACGUAGAAAUGUUCAACGUUACGGCUGUGAAAGAAAAGAAAGCGUUCAACACAGCGUUAACAAUGAGAAACGAAUAAAACUGGUUUUUGUUCCUGUCACUGUGGACCUGUAACUUAAAUUUGAGGUCUGUUAAUUAAUAGGAUUGAGACUGGACGCUCCAUAUGCUCCGAUCUCCAAAGAGGAGACUCUCGCCCUUCGGAAAUAAUGCAAAUGCACUUUAUAAAAUCGAUUACAGGUAAACAAAGUGUAGAGUGACUCUCAGAGACCGAAAACACAAUUUGUGAAAUAUUUCUGCCUGCGAGAUUGAAACUGAAAACGUUAAUUUGUUUUCAUUCCUUGUUGAUUUUCGCUUUUGACAGAGGUACCUUCUAUUUUAGUUUGUGAUGAAAAAUAAAUAAUGAUAAAAAACACAUGAUAUUGAUCUAGCUAUCCUUUUGUUUACCACAUUCAAAACCGCUAUUUGUUGGGCUUUCAUUCAAUUUGCAUGUCGGCAACUAGGAAAAAUUCAGCCCUUUUUCUCAAAUUCGGAACAAAGUUGGUUUGGGCUUCUUUCGGUGAGUUAGUGGUCUUACGUUUUCAUUUCCCUUUGGUUACGCCGGUUGUAUUUAGACGCGCUACCCGCGUGUGAUCCAAUAAAACAAAAAUGAAGCGUCUUCAACAGGCACAGAUUAACAUAAAAUCAACAAUAUUUCCUUUAGAAACAGAGAGCAGAAAAUGUAGCCCGUCGUCCACGUUUCCCCUUAGAAAUAUACAGAAACAGUGGGAUUCUGAUUUAACAAGCUUUGUUAUUAAGCGCAAGCGACAAGCAAGACAGAUUACUAUUUAUUUUAGGAUAAUACUCACAGGAACUCAGUGGAAUUGAAGUCUUAACUCAUCAGACCAGUUUGAUUAAGUGAGAAACUCUCUGUUCGAGUAUUUCCAGUCAAAUUUAUCUCAAUUUGUAUGAGAGUAUCAACUAAACAAUUCCUUUUAGUCACAGCAUUUCAAGUCAUUUUUGCCCAGUUCAAAUUACUUUCAAUUUAUUGGCGAGUAAUAAAACUCAAAAUACACGAAACAAGCAAAAAGAGACGAGAAGAAACAAAGAUAAGAGAAAUUCUCAAUUUAGAGUCGAUAAUAAUCCGGAUUGCAUUGGUUAUGCUUUUGCCCUGUGAUUGGUUAAGAAAACUCGCACCAUAUAUACUCUCAAUCAAAUGCAAAACUAACGCUUUGCUUGCCUUUUCAUUGCGUUUUCAUUGGCUCUAUGUGGUAUACUCCCUUCUUCUGAUUGGCCGUCAUGAUUACUUUAGGUUUUGUCUUUUCGGUACUCGUAAAUGAAGACCUUGAUAAACUCAAGCAAAAAUUUUCCAUGCAGAUAAAAGUGUAACAUUGCUCUCAACAAAGAGGGAGUUUCGCUUCCUAAUGAGAGGAUGCUAGGAACGCGAUUUGAAUUUUCACGGUAAAUCGGACAAAACAACGUGCUAAGAAUCAGUCAGUUCUGGUGUAAGGCAUAAAGCAACACAAUCCAGUUAUCCUACAGUUUGUACAACUCUGUUCUAUCUGCCGUCACUUCUCUUUUACUAAAAAUAAAGUUGACGAUUCAUUUUUUCAGCUCAAAAGGUGAAUUUGGCAACAACAAGUCUCCCUUCCCGCUCGAUAUCCUCUCUCUGGAUGACUUUGCAGUUUGUGUGCGACAGCUUCAGACUAGACAGGAAGAAUACAUCAGCUAAGCAGUUUAACUCAUCCCUUUGCCGGAUAUGCCGUAAAAGCCAUUGAAGGUCUCCGUUUUACAUCAGUCAACUAUUUUUCCCCAUUCUUCUUCCAUUGAAGGUUCCGUAGUCUUCCUUAAAUAUACGUCAGAGAGCUUGACCUAUACCGUUCGAAAUCUUGCAAAAAUCCCCAGAUAACAAUUAUCAUGGAUUUUAUUUUUGUUUUGUUUUAAAUUUUUCAAUCUCGUUGAAACGGGAAAUUGCCGUAAUUUUGGAUAAUCAGAUAAAAAACGAAUGCCCCUAAAUGGUCGUCAGGGCUAAGAGUAAGAUACACCUGCAGUUUUAAUUCCUGUCUACUGCCUACGCGUGUAUACGUGAUACCCUUUUGUGCAAAAACUGCACAUCUCGCGGGACCGCGUUUAAUUUAGCGAUUCUGCCAAAAAUGUAUGUUAGAAGGAAUUAAGUUUCGCGAAAAUUGUCAGAAUAGCGAUCUGCGAUAACAAACAGUUAUUUUCAGAUUUGGUUCCACGCAUUUUAAUUUUCCAUAACAAUAGUUUCCAAUGACACUAAACAAAACCAUUUCAUAACAUGACGAAACUGAAAACAGUUUGACAUGUUCCAUUACAAGGAGCUAGAUAGGCAUGGAUUGUUUGACGACUGCUGAAACACACAGGAAUAUCUUGCAGGAACUGCAGCAAGAACUCUCGUAAUGAAACUUGAGGAGGGAACGUAGACAAGACUGUUAUGUCGUUAACAUUAAAAAAUUGUAGAGCGGGGUAUUGCAUUAACUAAGCGUGGUUAAUUUUCGCGAAAAUUUUUUACAAGCAGGUCUUUCAUUUCGCGAUUUUUUAAAAAUCGCGAAAAUUUAUUCCCGCGAAAAUGAGUAUUACUAAGGUAAUUGUGAUUAAGUUCCGCUAAAAUAUAGUUUCUGGAGGUUAGAGAGGACAACGAAAAUCGUGACACGAAUUAAUUUUGAGCGGAUAUUAGCAAACAGCAGGUUGAUUUUUCCAACUGGUACGGUCGGUUUCCUUGAUAUGCUAAAGGCAUGGAGGACUCGUAUAAUUCCGAUGAGAAAAAACCUUCUGGUGACCAGAGCAAGUUUUUGCACUCCUGAUAUUUUAUAGGACCCAGAGAUGGAUAAAGUGCUUUUAAUGAUUGACAUAUUCCAGGUUCCAUUAAGGGAGAACUUAACGAGCACAAUACCAUACUAUUAUAUUAGCUUCUUGUGUUUUACGCCAACCUGACUGAUGGCGUUAAAGCGUUGAGGACAUCCUGGCAGUUCUAGAUACUGCCAAAACCAGCUUCAAGGCUGAACACCUAUAUUUUUUACUGAUGACGAUAAAAGAUACAUCUUUCUAUUUCCCAGCGUUGCAGAAGUUAUUACCCUGUCUCGCAAUAAGAUCAUUUCAUGUAGGAAGUUUCACCUCGGGUCACUUGAAGGGGCGAUGAAAAUUUAAUCAUCCGACUCAGUUACCUUUCGUCCUUGCUAAAUGGGGUUUGUGAGUCCAUUAGAAACAGGGAAUCUGGUUAAAAUUUACAUCGAAACUGGAAAAUUUAAGAAAAUAAAUCAUGCCAAUAACUCUGAUCUAAUAAUACAGUAACCGAAAACACAAUUAUUUAUUUAAAAAAAGAGAAAGGCGGAGAAUCGACCAAAUGUCCUUUAAAAGUAAACAUAUACAGCAACCGAAAUCUUCCUCUUUCAUUUAUAAAUACCAAAAACCAAUUGUUAAAGAAGUUUUAGGAUUAAAAAAAAUAUAAAGAAUUGUUACAAACCGAAGAUUUUGAGAACCAAAAUACCUUCCUGUGUAUAAACUGUUGUCUAAGAAGGAAAAUCUGUCUGAGUGAUUUAUUCCGUUUUCACCCUGACGAAUUUGACGCAAAAAUACGUCAACUGCUGGUGAGAAAGAAAUGGUAUUUUAGUGGCUGAAAACCUGCCAUUGGUAAACUGAACGAUUUUUAUUACUUUUCCUCGUGUGUUGCAAUUAAAGCAAAUUAUUAUUCUGUUUUCUCAGGAUUCGUGGCCUUAUUUUCAUGCCUGACAGUUUUCAAUAGCAAUAAAUUUUCUAGGCAAAUCUUUUUGACACUAGCUCUUAAAUAUAGACUAUGACGUUUGUCGGCCACUCCUUAAACUGUGUGACAGUUCACAAGUGCGUUUCAAGUACGUCGUUCGAAGCAGCGGCAAGGUUUACGGAUAUCUACAUAAAUCUAUAUGGUUUCAUUUUUCAGUAAAGACAGUCGAAGAGUCAAGGUUUCCCAGAGGUUUCAGAUAACAUAGCAACCAAAGGAAGUUAACGUCGCUGGAUAGUAUAAGGUAUGUCGUCCAAGAAUAGAGAUGUAAAUUUAAAUUAUGAUGGCUUACUAUUUUCAUAAUGAGUUUCAACUGUUAAUACGUUUUCUCAAGCGCGGGUAAGCUUCGGCAUCUAGAUGUUUAAACUUAAAAUAAAUUGCCUCUCAUUCUCUUUGCAGUAACUUCCUUGCGUUUCUCUGAUUUCUUCAAAGCGGAGUUCUCGAUUCGUAAGAAGAUGAAAAAGAUACUGCUUUAUAGGAAUUUUGAAAAGUUCUGCUCGUUCUUUCAGUUUCCUUGUUCCUUUCACACCAAGUUCAAAUUAAGAUCUUUUUUGUUUGACAAAUGCAUGCUCAAAGUAUUAUUGAUUUUUCGCAAAUUAAUCGCCUCAAAAAUAUAUAUUUUUUAAGUUUUCAUUGUCGAAUUAUGCUGUUUUAAGCCACAAUUAAUGAAAUUUUGGGUAUCAAACUUAAAAAUUCCUAGUUUCACACAACUGCUUGGUCGUUGUUAGUCGUGGAAAGCAAGGGCAACUUUCUUGUUCAUCGACUUCCUGUAAUAAUUUUUUCCGUCUCAGUUCAUUCUUAUCGUUUUCGUUUCUGAUAGAAUAAAGAUAAGGCAUGCAAAAGAUAAUCUACUAUCAAAACAAUAAAACUGCAUGUUAUCAUCGACAACGAAAUUUCAAGGCCACGUAAUUUGUUUCCGCCCCACUUUGUUGUGAGGUGUGUUCAAAACAAAAUUUCGACAAGAUGUCACGCAUGACGUCACAAGUAGUUUCGCUUGAUACAAAACUGUUAACUUUUGAAAGUUUUCUCUCCGAAAUUUAUAUUUCAAUUUUAAUCCACAUAGUUUUACACGUGAAACAAUAGAAAAAAAUAUAUCUGAUAUAAUUUUCAUUCAUUUUCUCAAUAACAGAGGCCCUUGAAAUGACUCGACAAACUGUUGGUUGAUGCCAAAUAUGGUUUCGAAUUUCCGGUUCCGGUUCCAAGUUUCUGAAAAAGGAUAUUUUCAUUCGCGUCUUGGAGCUUAUGUGUCGCCAAAUCUUUUGCAAUAUCUUUAAGUGAUAAGUCAAACAUACCAAAUAGAUGUUUUAUAAUCGAUAUUUCCAUCGAUGAAAAUUCUAAUUUUUGCCGUAAUUUUUCGAGAGCCAGUGAAAUCUUUGGCUACGAAGCCGGAAACUUAGAAACAUCGCUCAACUUAAAAAAUUUCAAUUUCGAGUUCAAGCAAGAAUUUCCGGACUUUGAAAGCCGUCUUGGUCAGAAGGUUCUUGAUAGAUUUAUUUUUUAAAUGUUUACUUGUUGAAUAAAGAAAACGUGCAUCGAAACCUUUGUAAACAUUCCCACGUUUUUUACAGUGACGUAAAAUCUCCGAUGCGAAACCAAAUGUUAAUUUUUAAGAUGCGAUUAAGUGCUGAAAAUGGUCUAGAAGUUUCCUUUCCAAUGACGCUGUUUUUCUAAAGAUAUUAUUGAUUACUAUAAAAUAUCAAAACGAUCAACUUUGACUAUAAGGUGAGAGGAUAUAGCUUUACCCUUAAAAUCUUUUAAGAUUUUGAACUUCUUUUGCACGCAAAUGAACUUAGUCACGCAAUUCGUAGUGUCCAGAUCCCUUGCGUUAUAAAAACAAAAAUACCCUAUGGACUCGCUCCGAGUUGGUCAUGUUCCGGCGGGUCAAGAGGCGUUCAUUUGUCUCCAAUUCGCCUGCAAUUACUAAUAUCGUCUGUUUGAUCUGAAAUUUUGUACAGAUCAUCUGCAUAGAGAGAAGGAGACAUCUUAGUCGUGACGGAGAGUGUAUGAAGCGUGUUCAGUCAAGCUUUUUGACAAAACUGGUCUGGAAUAACCCCAUAGAAUAAAGAACGUUUCGAAGCGAGAAGGACUGAAACUUGAAUUCUCAUCGUUCACUUGAUCAGGAUCAUCAGGAUACAGAGGAUGUACGAUAGAAGAACAUUUGUGUUGUCUUCAACUUUGUUAACGUUCUUCUUCAUUCAAACACGAUCGACCUCAGGUUAGUGAGAAUUUAUUUAUGUGCUUGUAAGAACAUGAGUAUUUGAUAAUGUUCGACCAAUGAACCCCCCCCCGCUAUGGGAGAUUGUCUUACCAUGGAAGAAAUAACUACAUUGUUAUAAAAGAUUUCUCUACUAGUUGUUUCCAAUAGCCAUACUUCAGCAAACGAACUACUUCGCCGGCGUGAAUACGUAUUGCUGUGUUAGCAUUCGUGAGCGUUAUCGCUGUUUGUUUUUACUUCUGUAGUUUUGCAAUACUCUGUAUUGGUUCUUGACAUGAAAAGGCUUGUGUAAGAUUGGUAAUAAAUGAUACGGGGAACCGAAUUCUUCUAUUUGCAUGUUUUUGCGUUCAGAAACCGCUCUGAUUCAUUUUAACUCUGCGGCUUAUUUAAUUCAGGGGUGAUUCCAUGCGUGAUGUAAACAAAGAACUGAGUUCAUGCAAAUAUCGUGAAAUGUUUGACUAAAAAGUUAUGCCAGAGGUUUCAGUCGUAAUUUUCUGAUGGGUUAGUUAGUUAUUAUAGCUCACUGCUAAAAGAUAAUCGCAAUUAAUACUAUUAUCGACGAAUCAUCUGUAGCAUUAGUAUAUUGUGAAAUUUCAGUCUCUCAUGCUUCUGAUUAUGUAAACUUCAGUCAUCGUACGUGACACCAUACAAUAUUUUGCUCGAUUUGAUUAUUACUCCUCAAAAUUUGUCAGUGAGAAUAGCGAUUUUAUCAUUUUGGUCCUUCGUGACGAUGCGGUUUUCGCAAAUUCGGUAAAUCUUACAUAACAUGCUAGAAUUCAUUAGAGCCGCUUGUCUGAAUUAACGGGUUGGGUAAGCGUUAAUUUUAGAUACUAAAAACAAAGCAAUGAAUAUUCCAGAAGUGACAUUCAUUGAAUGUAAAAAUUUUAAAAGCCGCGUCGAUGGAGCAUAUCGAAAACGCAUAUAAAUUAACGUCUCUCCUUACAGAUUGUACUGACCAUUAGCAUUUGGCAAUGUCAUUAUUUGGUUCAUUGUUAGCAUUUUUAAAAUUUUUGUAUGUCAUAAUGUUUGAUCACGAGAACUGUACAGUGUAGCUGAAAAAUAUUUUAAUUCUUACUUUGAUAAAAGGAAUAACAACAAUGUACAUUAACUGAUCAAAUAAAUUUACUUCCUGAGCCGUGCUUUCAUGUUUGUGAGACGACAUGAACGAUGAGGUCAUUAGUACCCUGACUUUUCUCACGACUGACAGAAAGUAAACAUACAUAUUAGGCAGAAAAAUCCGAAGCAAAAUUGAAAACAUACUCCUGUGCUGUUUUUGCUACUGCCGCUACCAUACCACAAGGACUUUUUAAAUUUUAAGAAUGAAACAAUGUGUACAUCUGCUAUUGUGGUAAUUUUUCUAUUGCCUGACCCACCCCACUCCCCAUAAAAUGAAAUUCUAGGCUCAAAUUUUUGCUUAUCUAAGGUUUUAGUUUUUGAUGUGUUUUUAGUAACUAUGGAAGCCAUAAUGGAAACUAAUGACUUGAAAACAGUAUUUCAGUCCUCCUCUGCUCUCAGUUGUCUUAAAUGUCUGUGUUGGCUAAUCCUCCUUUUUCGCCUAUUUUUUGUUGUUAUUCUCCGAGAUUAAAACGUUUAUUGCCAACUAAGAUUGAUACACAUGAUCCAUUGGCUGUUUUAAAAGAAAACAAUAUUGAAAAUGGUUGUAUUGUAUGAUUUCCAAGCAGCUUAAGUUUCAACCAGGUGUCUUCCACUUCCCUGAAAGAAAGGACAUCUGUACUGAAAUGAUACCUAAACGAAAUGACCUGCAUGGAUUAUAUUAUCUGUCCAAAGGAAAUUUCAUUGAGUGACUAAUAGCAGCAUAGAAUAGGAACUCCUUGUUACCUUGCUUUCGGAGUAUUCAUUCAUUUAAGUUUUACCUCAACAAGUUUUUUUUGCGUCGAAAUGUAAAAGGAAACCAACUUCAUAGCGCUUUUAAAACAGAGAAAAAAAAAACGGUUGACACAAGAUUGACCCACCCAGAUUUUAAAAAAAAUUUUAAAAAAAAACAUAGUCUGUCUGCUAAGGCAAAUCGAUUACUUUACGCAUUGCAGUCCUAUAAAUCUAGAAGCUCGCCAGUUUAAGAGCGAAUGCUUUGAAAACCGCUAUGCCUUUAUUUCCGGCAGUCAACUUUUUCCACCUUGGAUGUUUUCAAGACUAUCGUACUCGAGCCAUGCCAGAAGAACUUGGCAACUGGAGGUUUGAUAGCAAUGCUAUUCAGAGAUGUGCACAGGCCGCAAAGAGGGCUGGGUACUUAGUGUUUGGAGUGCAGUAUGCAGGGGAAUGCUGGUCGGGACCGCUGGCUCAUGUGACGUACAAAAAGUACGGAACUUCGACCAAAUGUGUUAACGGAACUGGUGGGGGUUGGGCACAAGACGUGUACAGGAUUGUUAGUAAGUGAUAGACUUGUGACAUCACAAGUGUCGUCCUGCAGGUUCUUCCAUUUGCUCGACAUCUCUGAAAAACGUUUUUUCUUACGCUAAGGUUCCUUUCGUACAUAACGCUCUCAAUAUUUCUUGUGAGAUAUAAGAAUGGUAUGUUGUAGAUUUUCCAUAGCAAGGUGAAUUACGAAUCAUUAGAACACAAACAUAAAUGUUCUCUUCAAACGCUCACAACGUAUUACAGAUGGAUUCAUUUCACUCAGUCCUGUAUUGUGUUCUAGCGCGCAGCUAGAUAACUGUACUCGCAAAUGAUGUGAUUACAUUCUGUUGGCGACGACUGAUUCCUUUCUGUUCCCCCCCAAAAACCAUGUGACCCCAAAUAUAAAACCCUAAAAUACAUCCCCAACGGCGAUGAAUAAUUUCUUGUCCCUAGGAACUAAGAUAAAAACAAGAAAAAAAUAUAUGUAUAGAAGAGUCUUUGUUGAGUGUUGCAAUUGGUCAUUUAAAACAAAUUCUAGGUUUUUUUCUGUGAUUUCAGAUGCUUCACUGAUGGCUAACUACGAUGUGAAAAGAUGUUACGAGGUCGACAUCACAUUUCACUAUGAAAUCCAGGGAGGUCUUACAAGUAGCACCAUAAGUAACACCAGAAGGACGUUUUCUGGUCUUCUCAGUGGAAUAUCCACCAUUCUCUCCACUCUCCCUGCGUGCAGUAGUGUCACAGUCACCAGGAAAGAUAUAAUAAACUCUCUCCCAGGAGUGCGAAGUGUUUUUUUUAGAAUACCACUGAUAUUUACAGCAUCAACAAGUGUGCCAGAUUAUGAAGUUUCCAAGAAGCUGUUUGACUGUAUCAGUACUCUAUCUGCCUACAAGCAAUUUUUGGAUUCAAAUACUCCAAAAAUAAAGCAAGGAGAUAUGACUUACUCCACCUACAAUUUAUCCUCAAUAUCAAAUACGACAUCAUGCUGUGGUGGAGAUAUACCGCCGCCUUGCUGUGCUGUGGGCUCAAUACGGAUUAACAGCACCAAAUGUGGUAAGUUACCAACAACCAAUAACCAACACAGCGGUCAAACAUGAGGCAUGCACAAAUGAAAUAGUUUCGGCCGGCCGCCCGUCCGCCAAGUUCCCGAGAAAAAUUUAAAGAAAAAUGUAAAGAUACCGCUUCUACCUAAAAUUCACGAAAAUGAGCUGAAAUGUUCACAGAAAGCUGUAAAGAGAAAGAGAAGUAGGGAAGAGGAGAACUUGAAACUACUCUGACAUAAAUAUUAUUUCAUUACAGAUAUUCUGUUGAUUUACUAUCAGUUUCGGGCUCUACAGAAAACUUUAUUCGCUUUUGAAAUGUCAUGAUUUACUGUUUUGUGAGUUUGAAAAGCCUGAAGGCACUAGGAAGGGCCGCCAUGUGUGACACCAAUCGUUUCAAUGUUUGUACCCAAGAGAUUACUCCCCUUAUCGAACAUGCGCAGACGUUUGACCACUGUAUUCUUCUAACCGAACCUCUAAGCCAGGCUCGAUUAUCAUCCGCUGGUUAGGGAAGAGCCCACGCUCCUCCCCCUCAAGGGACCUUCUCGGGGAGAUCGAAGACGAGAAUCGAGAGAAUGAUGGAAGUCGAGCCCACCUUAACCUCCAAUAAACAGCUUUAAAAAAUUCAAACAAACUUAAACGCGCUUAAUUGUGGUGUUUCAUCUAUACAAUGUUUUUGAGCCAAAGAAAUCUAACAGAUUUCUACAAGCUUGCGGCUCCUGACAAUACAGAGGUGAAUUGUCUGCGCUUGGUAGCACUCCACGCGCAAAAGUGGCAUCAAUUGGUGAUAAAUUAAGCUUAUUUCAAAUCUAAGCCGAGACAGACGUAAAUUUUUGUUGUCUUUCUUUCUUUAGGCUGCUUGCCUGGGUUUAAAUACGUUUCCGGUAGUCUAUGUGACCGUUGUCCGUCAGACACUUAUCAGAACAAGCAGGGUCAAAGGUCAUGCAAAAAAUGUCCAGCAAAGAAACAGACAUUUGGAAAAACAGGAAUGACAAGCGAGUCCAAUUGCUCAGGUAUGACAUUGAACAAAACGGUGUAAGUGAAAUAGAUAUAACGUAAAUCAAAGAGUGUACAGGAGCAAGGAUCCAUUCACUACUAGUUCUCUUUCCGUUUUUACUUUGUCAAAAUCAGCCUCAUGUAUAUUUUCUUGAUUUAUUUUCUACUUUACAGACACAAAUCCAUUGCAGCUCAGUGACCAGGUCGUUUAUCUGCCUUAUGACAUCAAAUCUGAAACUCUCGUCACGAAUGUUACUGUCACGGGGCGCUUAGAGUCUUUGGUUCAACCGUUGUUGUUUUACAUGGAGAAUGUCACGCAACAACAGUUGUCACGCAGUGAGUCAAAACGGAAACGGCGCGACAUUGACGACUUUUGUGAAGGUGCUGGCACUGUUAAGCCAAUGAGUUAUUUCUGUGUUCACCGUCUGACCGGGGGAAUUGAAGUCACGGACGAUUUUCAGUUUAAAAAUGGUGACAAAUUUGAUAUAAAAAUUCGCGUCACGGACAGCGAUCACUGGGGAAAAACUGAAAACACUGCCAAGAUCAAAUUUAUUUCACGUGACAAUUGCAAAGAAAUUCGAGAUUUUUAUGAAGAUGCCUCCAAGGGAUGUCCAAAGAAUGCUUCUUCCGCCAAGGGACUUGACUCCUGCCCAAGUGGAGAGUGCUUACGGCCUUUAUUUGACUGGCUAAAGCGGCUCAACUCAAGUGAGAUGUUACAAAUGGAAUGUUCUUCUGAUCCUCAUAAUCUAGCAAAUUUGGCAAAGAUAUACUCAAAGUGUAUUGGUAAGUCACGUGUCAGCCUUUUUUGGUAUGAGUAAGAUACCACCACGUGUCUUCGUCAAGUGACUGGAUUGUUAACAUGAUUGGGUUUGUUUCCUCCUCUCGUCCAUUUGUGUUAACUUAUCAUAUUGAUGUUUUGUUUUUAUGCUCACAGGUCCACCAGUUAUUACCGUGGCCCCAAACCCUCAGACUGUGAAAAGAGGCGCCAAAGUCAUUUUAAAAUGCAACGCUUCCAGUUCACUGCCUUUGACGGUCAUGUGGUUUAAGAACGGAAUGCCAAUUGGACAAUCGGGUAGCCAACUGAAGAUUGACAGUUUUCAGUAUGGUGAUCAAGGUGACUAUUACUGCCGCUUCUCGACGUAUUUGACUAGCAGACCCACUGCAUCGGCUUUAGUCACUAUGAAGGGUAAGUGUCCUCACAAAUUUACGUCACUGAAACAUUAGUUGAGCAGCGCUUGCUUUUGGGAUGAUGGUAUGUAAGACAGUAAUGACCUAAAGAGACAAUGACCAUAGUGACAACAAUGAAAACGACGAUAACGAACAUUGACGAUCACCACGAAGAUGACCGAUGGUGAUGAUGAUAACGAUGGCCAUGACGAUGGUGAUACCGAAAUGUCACGAUAGCUAUAAUAACGACGACGAUGAGGACAUCGUUAACGGUGUAAAUGCGAACGACGAUGAUAACGACAUCGAACGAACAAUAACCACGACGGUUACAUACAACGAUACCGAACAAUGACGAUGAAGAAAACGACUUCUGACAUCGGCGGCGAAGAUGACGUAAAUAAACGAUGAUUACUGCGACAGUAACAUCGAUAACGAGAAGAAAGACAACAGACGUUUUUGAGACCUGUAAUGGGUGAGGUCGCCCGUUGGAAAAAUGUAACUGCUCGUGGCGCGCUUUUUCAUCAACCAAUCAAUUGGAGAGCUCUUUUCUUUGUGCAUCGUAAAAUAAGCGCUGCAGAUAGAAGAACUGAAGCAAAUGGCUGGAAAAAAUUUUAUUGAAAUUGCGAUGUUUUUUGGUAGUUCGUUGAUUUCGAUGACGACGAUGGUGGUAGUAUAAUGACGCUAUUUUUGAUGUCUUGACAGUUUCUUUGGAGAAGGUAAUUUUAGUUAUUACGUAUACUUUUUUCUCCAGAUACUUUUACAUCAAGAGUAUCAUUUCGAAUCUUUAAUGAAAAGUUCAAGGAUGAUUUAUUGAAUCCGAGAAGCUCAAGCUAUUCAGACAUGCAGAUCACAAUUGAAAGAAAAGUAAGUUGAUUCAAAUGAACUAGAAAAUAUCCAUUAGAUGAUUCAAAUCUGAGGAGAGGCUUUAAUCAGAGAUCCAGUCUUCGUGUGGGUAAUUUCGUGGUCUCAAGAUACUUCUGACGAAGAGAUAUUUAGUUUAAAUCGAGGAUGGGUUAAAAUAAAGCCCUCGCGAUGAAGGAAUUUUGUCUCCUUAGCAGCCUUUGUAUGUUUUCGUCGUGCAAUGUAGAAAUUGCGUUACAUGAAGAAUCAGGAAGGGACUUAAAUCUUGAAGACUAAACUGGAGGUUUUUCUUGCCUGGUCUUACUUGUUUCAUUCCUCCUCUGACCAGGCCAUUUAUUUAUUUUGGCUCGUUCUUUCUCUGUUUCAGCUGCAAAACUAUCUCAAUAGUGGAAACCCUGCGUGGGAUUAUAUGGUCAAACUUAUGAAAUUCAGGUGAGUGCUGUCUUUUUUUGCUCUUUCGUCAUCUAAGUUAUCUUUCAUGGUUCGAAUUUCUCUUUGGUCUUAGAUUUUUCCUUUGUAAUAAAUUAUGAUAAUAAGUACAAAACAAAGGAAAGUAAAAAGUCAGAACUGUAAAUAUAUGCUGCCAUUAGACUCGCUAAGAUAUCAGCAAAUCCUCACAACUGACCUUGUGGGAAAUGUAUACCAGCAAGAAAGGAGAACUUGCAAUCAGAUCUUAGAGAAACUGCGUCAACGCCUUAAAUGUUAUGAAGAAGUUGGGACAUUUGGAAUCCUUUAUAAUUUUUCUGGCCAUUCACACCCAACUUCAGCUGUUUUCACUUUGUUCUGUUUGGGUUGUACUGGUGUUUGUCUCCUCUAAUUAUUGUUGUUUUUGAACCUCCAUUCUGUAAAAUUAACAUUUCUGGUGGAAGAAAAAUGACCCAUAAUAUAUUGACAUAACUUCUCCAAGAGUGACAGGCUUUUCUCUCAAUGCACAGGAACUCGUUUAAUCAAGUGGGGGUCGACUUGGUGAUUUACAGCUCAGCCACGAAUGAAGAUAUCGCUCCUUACUAUAGCAAACUCGAGGCGUUACUGACUGAUGAGCGUACCAUGGAUAACAUACUGAAACCAUUGAGGGUCUCGCGCAAUAGCGUGACGAUAAGGAGUGCUAGUAAGUAUUGCGUGACCGUAAAAGAGUUCUUGAGCUUAUCGAGUACUAUUGCGUGACUAAGGAGAGUGUAAACAUUGCGUGAUGAACACAGCUGGCAAUCAUUGUGUUACCACCAUUCACUUGAAAUUGCAAUAGCCUUGGAUGGCAAGUUCAGGGAAGCUUUUAUAUAAGGCAGGAUAAUAUUUGGUCGUUUUCCUUCAGUUUUUAUUGCAUGUUUGUCAGGAGCUCAUUAUGGGCUUCUGUCAGUGUGUAAACUCUAUUGGUGUCGCAACCACUAUUCGCUGGUCACAGCACUAACUGAAAAUCUUCAGAAUGAUUAUACCAUACCUAUAAAGUGCGAAUUCCUUUGUUUCACAGCUCACUGUCUGUCGAAAGAAACCGGCAAAAAAUCUAUUAUGGGGAUAUUUGAGUGGCAGUUAACUGUGAUUGGUGGAACUUCGUCCCCUGUAAGUUGCCCGUAUGGUCCGCCUGCGGCCAAUGCAACGCGCCCUUGUGGCGGAAACUUUACGACAGGUGGUAUAUGGAAGAGCCCGGAUGUGAGCCUCUGCAAAUUUAAAUCUGAAAGAACAAAUAAACUUAACAAUAUCGCAAAGGUAGGUCAUUACUUCAAUAUAUCUGUUGUUACUCUAAUUAUGGAAUAAAAUCGAGGUACAACCUUAAAAAUUUUUGUUCCAGGGACCAUGCUAGAGAAAUGUUCUUCCCGCCUACCGAUAUGUAAGCUCGAUUACUGGCCGCUGUUCGGGAAAACGAGCCCGCGCUUCUCCCCCCCACGGGAAGGAGCGAAGACCGGACUCGAGAGGGCGGUGGAAAUUUAGCCUAAACGAUUUGUAGUUCUAAAACAAAAACCAAGAUUUCGAUACUUUGGUAACCUUUUCUUCUCGUACGAAUAAUCUUUGUUUUCAGUCAAUUUCACGUGCGGAUUAAACACUAUUCUUUUAGAGGAAGAAAGAUCGUAAAUUAACUAUUUUCUUUCCAAUUUCACAGACAAAAGUGAACAAACAGAACGCAGCCAAAGUAACUAAAGAAGUGAAAGUUCUUACGUCGGAUCCAAAUGACAUGAACGAAGCUGACGCGGUGCUGAUAGCUGACGUCAUAGACAGUGUUGUGUUACUGGAUGAUUCGUUAAAUGAGGUAAAACACGAAUAGAAAAUAAAUGGCCAAACUCGGGCGGAGCCAACCGAAAUCAGACGCUGUGGUCCAAAGACGGCUGGAAACAGUAAAAAUCAAAUCAAAAUCGAAAUGAAGUCGAUCCGUCCGAAAAACGAACGGAAUAAUCCCACGACUAGCGUUAUGCAGUCGAGACAUUGCAAAAAUACCUUAUGCCAAAAAAUAAUUCUUUUUAUUGCAUUGACCAGGAAGAAUAACUGCAAGCCUUUCUGCCGAACUUUUUGGGAACAUUUGACUUUGCAACGACACUGACUUUUUCAGUAAAAGCAAGAACUGAAAGAAAGAAAGUCAAAUGAGAAAGUGAAAGAAAGGGUGGAACUUAACAGUAGCGUUCAGAACAUCCCUUUAUUUAUUGCAGUUUCCUUGCCCAAAGUUUAUCAAAAGCACAAUCAUCAAUAUCUCGAGAAAAGUACUUUAUCAAGAGGGAACUGAUCGUCUGUCUUAUUUUAUUUAUAAAAUUUUCCCUUUAAGACCGCCCAAGACGUUGUAGAUGUUGUCGACAAUGUGAUGAAGAUGAAAAAGAAAGAUUUACAAGAGAGUCAACGAACCAGUAAAUCUUCUUCCAAGUAAGUUCAUGCCACAGACUUUUGUUGAUAUGACUCGAGGUUCGAUUGUUUAACUGUAAGUAAAAGGUUCGUCGGCGAAUGUUGGUAACCCAGUAUAGUUCCAUCAAUGUGUGUUUCAAACUUUACGCCGAGGAAUCUUAUUCAUUGGCGGAUUCAAAAGAAGGGUCCAGGGGUCCGGGGGUCCGGGAGUCCAGGGAUUCGAAUUCUCCUACUACUUUUUCCUUCCUUCCACCUCCUGUUCCCUAAGUACUUGUCUGAAGUCAAAAUUAUUCCAACCUUAUGAUGAAGCAAACUUAUCUUGAAAUAAUUAUUUGCAUAGUUCAGCUAGUUCAGCUAUUUGUCUAGUUCAGCUCAGAAAAAAAUUUCAGUGACAUCAUCAAAAUAAUUAUUUCAUAUUUUCUGAAUCAAAACAUUACCUUCCCCGCCUCCUAGAAAAUUCCUAAAUCCGCCCCUAUUAUUUUCCCUAUUUUUCUUGAGGUUUUACGUUCUAUUCUUUUUUUUCUUAUGAAUUCAUUAUUUAAGGUUUAUUCGGGCGUUGGAUAAAGUGGCCCGAAAUCUUCCACUCUCAGAGGGCAAAAACUCUCGGCGUCUUAUCGCUCCAAGCGUUGCUAUCCAAUCAAAUCGUGUGGACCCAGGCUCUUUUACAGGCAUGUCUCUUGCUGUCAAACCACCCACUGCUGACCCGAACAAACUGACUUCGGACAACAUGGUUAAUGAUGAACUUCCGAUGGCAGACGUCCAAACGUCAAUUACGUUACCGGAAGUGAUUUUUGAGAAUAAGGCUCCUUCCGGUAAAGCAGUAAAGAUCGGUUUUGUGAUUUACCAGAAUGACAAGUUUUUCCAACCGGUUUUGCCGGUUGAUGAAGAAAGUGGACAGGAGAAUUCUUCAAUUGUGAGUCGAGUUAUUUCAAGUAGCGUGAAGGAUAUGACCAUUGAAAACCUUACCAAACCAGUUGAAUUGGUUUUUGAGCCUGCAGUCGAAGUGGACACAACCAACGGAGAGUCUGUAUGUGUAUUUUGGGACUUUGAUGCCAUGGGUGAGAAACUUUACCUGCUUUCCUUUUUAACUAUUUCAUAUUUUAAUAAUUUCCUUUUCUUUUCCUUAACUUACUCUAUUGUGUGUCAGCACGGUUAAUUUCUUUCAAGGAAACCGAAGUUGCCCAAAGAUUUAAGCAAUUGUAUUACCAAGGUUCUGUAAGUAGAGGGUUCCAACAAACGUCAUUCCUGGUUUUCAUUUGAGCAAGGCAAAGGGCGUACCCCCCCUUUCUUUCGAUAGAAAGUGAGAAAAUAUUUCAAGUACUUGCAAGUAACCUGGCUUCUCCUCCCCCCCCUUCCACCCUCAAAUGCGAGCUGAACGCUUGAAGAGGAUCCCCGUCAAAAUUAUCUGUUAACGUUUAGCUGAGGAAGAAUUAUAAACGAGAAAAAUAUCCUGACUUGAAACUUUGUUCCCUUUUAGUUUGUAGACACUUUACCUUGAACCUUCGGCCGCAUGUUUCCGAAGCGUAUGUUACAGGUAUAGAUAGUGGUUGAUGGAAGUGAGAAACCCCAUAAAUAUCAACUAUUUCCUUGCUCUUGUCUUUCCAGGGGGACUGGGCAACUGGUCCGAUCGAGGAUGCAGACAAGUAAAGAUCGAAGCAGGCCGGAUAUUGUGUCACUGUGAUCACAUGACUAACUUUGCAGUCCUAUUCUCUGCUGGUGGUCCAAAGAAGCACGUUGAGGAACACGCCAAGGCCUUGUCAAUCAUCUCUUACAUAGGUUGUGCAAUUUCAUUGGUCGGACUUACCCUCACAUUGGUGACGUAUGCGAUGUUCAGGUUUGUGCAAUGAUCCUAUACUUAGUCAGUCCAAGUAUCUAUCUCUCCCUCUCUGAAAACCGAGCGGGACUUGCUAGAGAAAAUAGGGAUCAAUAUCAGUUUCUGAGAAACUGCGCACCUACCCCUCCCCUAACCCCACGUUAACCCUGACUUGUUAUCAGUUGACUGUAGUCGGGCCAGGUAGGUUCGCAGUUUCUCAGACACUGAUAUUGAACCGCCAUUAAUAUGGUUGCCAGUGAUGUUUGAUGUAUCUGGCUCGUGAUAACGAAAUGCUAGAUGAUAUUCAGUUCAUUAUUAGAGUGAUGAUUUCCUCAAUAAAGGGCUCCUGUUCGCUUGUAUAAUUACGUGUCGUUUACGAUCGAAAUUAAAACGUGUUUACUGGAUUUAACCUCACUCCUCCGCAGGAAUUUACGUAAAACCAACCAACAGCCAAUCCUGAUGAGUUUGUGUGUAUCACUCAUGCUACUUCUGAUCGUGUUCAUCGCGGGCGCAGCACAAACAGAGAAUCUGUUGGGUUGUCGUAUUGUAGCAAUUCUUCUCCACUAUUUCGCUCUGGCGACCGUGAUGUGGAUGGGUGUGGAGGGAUAUAACAUGUACAUGUCCUUUGUUCAAGUGAUGGGCACUUAUCAGUCCAAAUUCAUGCUUAAGGCGUCCGCGGUGGCCUGGGGCGUGCCUGCUAUUACAGUGCUCGUCACAUUGUCCGCUGCAACAAGUUACUAUGGCAACAAAGAUGUGUAAGUCAUGGUGCUUUAGUUAUUGUGUUUCUCAAAACCCAGGAUCAUUAAACCUUUCAUUAUAAAUUUCGAUACUAUAUUCGGGUUUCUCCCAAACCGCCAUCCUUAAAUGUUUAGUUACCGUCCCAUGUGUCUCUCAAAAGAGGUGAUGCGGUGAGCAAGAUUUAAUGUAAUACAUGGCAGGCAGAAGUGAAAAGUCAAUGGUGGCAAGAUCGCUUAUCAUCAUUCAACAAUGAUAAUUUCAAAUCCACCCGUCGUGAAAUAUCUUUAAGCUUAUUUAGGCUUUGUUGUAAAAAAAUCCGCUCUUGUCUCAAUCACACUUUGUACUCCCUAUCAAAAAUUUCUGAAUUCACCCCCAAACUUUUUCCAAUAUUACGCGCAACAGUCCCAUUGCUGAUAAGGAACAAAAUAAUUAUAUUAACCUGAUUCCUCUUUUUAUUUUCGCGCAGUUGUGUACUUUUUGGUGUGCCCUUCCAAGCUGCUCAGUUUGCUCCUAUUCUUCUCGUAAUCCUCAUCAACUUCGUAGUUUUUAUUCUGGCCAUUCGUGCUCUUAAGCAUUCUGGUGCUCUGGUCUCUGCGGAGAAAAAAUCUACAUCCUACCGAAGAGCACGCACCUCCAUCGCAAUUUUGCUUCUAUUGGGAUUGACCUGGGGCUUUGGAGCCCUGGCUGUUUCAAGUGCACAGCUGAUCUUUGACUAUCUUUUUUGCAUAUUUAACUCACUUCAAGGAUUUUUUAUUUUCUACUUUCACUGUUUACGGCACCAAGAGGUACGUAGUCAAUGGAAGUGGUUCUUGCUUGGUAAAGGAUUGAAUUUCCGGCCUACGGAGACCGAUUCUCAAACGGGAUACCCUAGGUCGAAUACGCACAUAAAGAAUGUUAUUUAUGCACCAUCUUCGUCGUUGAUGAUGGAUAAACCACCACGAAAAGAGACAGUUACUUUUGUUGCUGCUGAAUCUCCGCCGUCGUUGGGUUUCCGUCCUGAUGUAGUCCCAGAUCAAGUUUGAGUGCGCACACUUAGUCAGAAGAACUUUGAAUUAAAUGAAUUUCUACUAACAAGGACAGUUCGAAGGAUCUUUUCCAUAGAGUACCUUGCCAGAGGAAAGUUAGCCCGUGACAGGUUUUCUGUUAGUUGGAACAAACGAAAAAGUGGGCGCACAGAAAAUGGCGAAGGUCAGGCAAAAAAAAAAAAAAAGCCGUCGAACUGGGGCUCCGUCGCGGGAUGUCAUUGCCGGCUAAUGUCCCAGCCGGGUACAACAGGGUUCAUGUACCUCUUAAUUCCCAAUGGAUGCGAAAGACUUAAUUGGAAGAAAAAUAAUGUCUUAGUUUUUACCCGUCAUAAAAACGACUAAAAAUGAAAGCGUAGCCGCUAUUUACAGUCUAAUUCUGUUUUUUUUUCCUUUAUUCAUUUAAGAGAUGCAAGAUGUUUGUUUGUUUGUUUGUUUUUAAAGAAUACUAAGAGGCUUCUUGUAUAGGAGUACAUAUAUAUAAUCGCUCAUGCAUAAACAGUGUCUCAAAAUGGGUUGAACCUGAUUGAAGUAUGCAAUUCUAGAGACCAUAUACCAUUGUUGAGUCACAUUUCUAAUUUUUUUUAAUAUUAUUUAUCCGAUUUCCAUGUAUCUCAGAACUGUCACCUGAACAGUUUGUGUCUACGACAACCAGGAGCCCAUUACAAGAAGCUUCCAUACCAAUUGUACCCUUGAGUAAACCCUGUCCCGUAUCUUUUUAUUUUUAGAACUGAGAUGUAUGGGGUUCCUAAAUUUCCCGCGAAAACGCGCUGACGUUCGCAUAACACCCCCAAAAAAUGGUAAACAUUCCGCGCUUUUCGCCAUUAUUAAAAUACUUUCGUGCGGCCUGCAUGUGACGUAAACAGUAGAGGACCACAGCUCUUUUAUGAUUGGCUAUUAUGUAAACACCCGCGAAAAACCCCGUGGAAGGCGCCUCUAAAAAUAAAAAGAUACGGGGCAGGGUUGACUCAGAGGGUAAGUAUGAAAGGAUUUUAUUCUGGAGGAUUUUAGAGGAUCGAAUCACGUGGUUUUCAGGCGGAAUGGGGGGGGGUUGUUCAUUUGUCGCUAACAGUGUGUAAAAGGGGUGGAGGGGUAUAGAAAAUUAGAACACUACAGAGCCCGAGGGGAGGGGGGAUCAGGUGAAUUUUAUUGUGAAAUAGCCAAAAUCCUCUCCCUCAGUAGUAUGGUAGCUUAAACUAUCUGAACUUUAAACUUUGUAAACAGCGUCAAGAUGGCCGAAGGAUAUUUGAUUAACGAAAACGACCCUCUUGGAGAGAAUACGUAAGGCCUACCACUGCGUAAAACCGUGGUUUGUGUUAGAUUUCGUUUGGAAAAAAAAAACCGCUCAUAACCAUUUACAAUCAUAGGAUAAGAACAUGUGUAACCAGAAGUGGAAUUGAUACAAAAUAAUAAAACGUAAUGUCCAACGCCUCGAUAUUUAAAUGAAAAUUUCAUCGAUUCAAAUCCAUUCUUAGUUUUCCGAAGAUUACAUUCCAAAAUGUCAUAGAUAUAGAUAUUUAUAUAUUUAUAAUAUAGAAUAAUUUUUACAGCCUUAUUUUGUAAGCCCGAUGAGGGACAUGAUUCUAGUUUUGAUUAAUUUAGAUCUCGAUGAUUAAAAAAAAUUCUUAAUAUAGAUUAUUGCAAGUUUAUUGUAAGUAGUUUUACAUUCUUGCUGAUUAAAUUGACGAUGCAUUCCUGUAAUCUUUUGGAUGUUAUUCACUCCCACCCCUCAUGACAAAGCCUGAAUUUAGGCCGGGGGGGGGGGGCACUUUUAAGUAUAUGUUGGUGAGGAUGAGCCAGCGGAGGGGGUGACAUUUUCAACAGAGUAAUCAGAAUGAGGCCGCACAUUUUCUGGGUUUUGGGGGUUCUGGUGAGCAGAAAUGAAAAUAUUCUUGGUUAAAAAGCUUCUUCCGUGUUACCAAAAGUGACUAAGAUGGGCUCUAUAAUUGGCUACAGAAUAGGCCAUAAUGGGGUAGGGGUUCCGAGAGGUCAUAUAUAUAUAUAUUGAUUAUAUUGAUUAUAGUCUAUCCUUGCGGUAUAGUGUUCGAUGCUUUCGCAGAGCGUGGUAUGUGUGAAACUUGGACAAAUCGGUAAGACAUAACUUUCUGUGACUAAGUUUCACGCUUACGCGAUCAUCAGACAGGUCAUUCUGAUGAUCGCGUAAGCGUGAAACUCAGAGUCGCAGAAAAGUUGUCUUUGUCCAACUUUCAGAUAUAUAUGUAUAUAUAUAUAUAUAUAUAUAUAUGAUUAUAUAUAUGUGUAUAUAUAUAUAUAUAUAUAUAUAUAUAUAUAUAUAUAAAAUUUCCCGUAUUUCUUUCUUUUCUUUUUCUUUUUAUAGCCGUUUUUCGAGUAAUAUUUCGCAAUCCCCAGAGAGAUGCUUAUGUUUUUGGAAUUCGUUACAGGUCCUCCUGACAUAGAACUAAUUUCCCGCCGGUCUCUUGCACAGUUCGUUAAAUCUCUUAGAUAUGAGUGAAUUUCUAAAAUGACCGGAAAUCAAUGAUGAAAUUUACCCCUGUCGAGGAAAGUUUGGAGUUAAUGUCGAAGGAUGGCUGACGUGCAUUAGUGGUAGCCUCUUUUUGGGAGAGAUUAAGAGAGAGCGUUGGAAAAAAAUUUAGGGGGAGGGGGUGAGCAAAUGAUCCUUAGGCAAACAGUUCUAGAUUUCGGAUUUAAUUUCUAGAGAGUGGCAUCUCUGGUUUGGAUGUAGAUUAAUGUUGCGGUUUCUUCAUGAAUUUGCGAUUCGUUCUCUGCUUUAUCGUGCAAUACAUACCAUCACCGCACUCGAAAAGAAUGAAAAUUUCUACAGCUUUAGAAUUUCUGUCUUUUAGCGCAUUUAUUAUAACUUCGAUGUAUGUAAAGGAAAGCUAUCAGUGCUACGAUAAACAAUGUGUGAGAUGGAUGAAAUAGAAAGCGAGUUAUUUCGAAAGUAAUAAACAACCAUGAUGUGUUGUCUUUGAAAUUGGCCAAUCGCAACAAAGUUCAACCGUCACGUGAUAAUUUUAAAUCGUACCGGGAAGAGCUGGACGCUUCGAACAGAUUUGAACGAGUUUUGAACGUGCUCCACAAUUUUUUCAGGAAUUUGCAGAUUUACCUUUGAAGCACGAUAUUGAAUAAAAUGGCUUGUUAAGAUCUUCAUUCAACAUGGCAACUUCAAACUGUGAAGGUAAGUUAUCAAGAGCUUUCUAGGACUGUGUUUUUAUCCUGGCAUUGACCUUUGUCUGGAUGAAGUGGGGGAUCGCUUGUUCGUGGAAGCUUUUACGAAAUCUAUAUUUAAGAAUUAUAAACUCUGUGUUAAAGUUGAUAAGUUUUCAUUAUCAUUGAAUAAAAACCUUGGCUCCUACGUUUCAGAAGGUCAGUCAUGAUCAGAGAGAUUUUUCAUGAGCGUAAGAUUACGUUUAACUGUCUUUGGCAAUGUCUACUUCCAUUUCGACAAACUGUUUGAAUUCAGAAUUCUGCCUUUGUAGCGUUUCCCAGUGCUAUUGGCGGUGUGUCCAGUCUCAUUGAAGACGAGAAGUUCGAUUUUGACGUGCCACUCUCGCCAAUUGAUUUUGAUGUUCGGUAAGUGUGACACUGCAUGUGUGUAUCAAUUGUUGGUUAUCAACCAGAAAGUACGUAAAUAGCAAUCGUUCCCACAAGAUCAGUUGAAUAAUAGCAAUUGUUCCCACAAGAUCGGUUGAAUUACAGUUGCUUACAUGCCAUGGCUCUAGCAGGAAAUAUGAAAUAUGUUUGUUAUUUCUAUGUUUUUCGACACACAAAUGCGCGUUAGGUCUUAGAGAUAUACCGGUGGUUGAAGGAGUAUACAAAAGUACAAAUUUUUCUCGAAGUCUCAAUGUAAAAAGGAAGUCAAAUUCCUUACCUGCUUUACUCUCCAACAAAGCUCUAAUAUGAAUGCAACCAUUCGUGGGCAGGGGGGGAGGGGCAUUGGGGCACUCAAAUGAAAGGGGAAGGGAUACUUGUCGGAGUGUGCAAAAUCCCAUUGCAGCUAUGAAGAUCUUGAAUUUUUUUUAUAACAUCAAUACCUAAAGAAAUCACGGUAAACUGUCUCUGUUUCAAAGUGGUCUCUUGUAGGAGUGAAAAAAAGCUUAGCUUGUGCCAAGAGUUUUCUUCCUGAGGGACUUAAUCUAAUAUCUCGGAUGAUCAUUCUCUUCUGUUUAGAAGUCUACCCUUCUUUCCAAGACUAACCAGCAACCAGGCAUGCUCCUCAAUGAAGAAAAAACCCUCCCACUCAAAAUUCUGCCUUCACCCAAGAGUUAUCUUAAAAUUAUUUUACUGGUACAUGCUUUUGAAGAACAACUUACUGAAAAAGAUUGAGGCCUGUACUAGAAAAUAUUGGCCAUCAGUCUUGGCAGCAUGGACCAAGGGUGAUAAGGUCCAUACAAAGUUAUCUAUUAGGGCCAAUAUUUCCUAGUAUGGCUCAUGCAAGGAAGAUUGAUAAGAAGUUUAUUGCAUGGCACUUAGACCAAAGUUGUUUAUUUUGGAUUUUCCAGCUUUCACAAAUGAAAGUGCAAGGAUAAUGACCUUUUUUUACAAAAUCUCAACCAAUCAAAAACCAAUCAGAACACUCAGAUUUACCUCAAGAUUACCUCACCAUAUAAUAAUACAUAAUGCUUUUUCUCCUUUUUCUUUAUCAGAGAGAUUAAUGCCGAUGAAGAGGAUGAGGAUGAAGUUUUCUUUGGUCCUGUGGGUCACAGAGAAAGAUGUGUUACUGUUAACAGUGGUGUUCAAGAUGAUGAAAAAUUUAAGCCCUUGAGUCCCCUCAAUGGUGAACAAAUUGCAGAACUGUUUAAAGAAGCCACUGCAGUGUCAAUAUUCAUCAAAAAUUCUUCCUUAACCCAGAAUAAUGAUAAUAUGACAGAUGAAAAGGAGAAUCGUGAUAUAUGUAAGCUUUUAUCACAAACAUUUACUGUCCAAGAUGAUAAAAAAGCUGUGUCAGCUGAAAGAGAUCAAGAAAAUGACCAAAGAACUACAAAAUCUGCUUCUUCCCCUGAGUCAGCUAGCAGUAUCUCACCACAGUCAACAGAAUUUCCAGAUGACGUGAACUUCCCUGUUACUCCAAGGAGAAUUUUGCAAGAAAGCAACACCCAGAGUGGAGUGUUUCAGUCACCCUUUAAAGCACGAAAAGCGCGUCCUUUGCAAAAUACUUCUAAGUUUGUUCAAUCCAAGCUUCCUACAACACAGAUGACUCUGAAGACUCGUAGUUGUUUUAAUUCUGUAAGUAUGAUUGCAGUGCUGCUUCACUAAUGUUUCUCAAACAUUCAAAACUUUCAAAAUGUACCUACAAUUUUGCUUAGGAUUGGCAGCCCAGUCACUACAAGUACACUUUAAGCUGCUGAUUGUUUCGUACAUUUUGAAAUUACAGUGCUACAGUUGAACCUGUGUUAAGCAGCACAGUAUUAAGCACUCACCUUCUAAUAAGCAGUCAGUUGUCAAAGAUCUGAAAUUGUUUCCCCUUAAUUGCUGUAACCUCUAUUAAUUUGUCACCUCCAUUAGGUGGUCACAAUGAGUCACCCUUCAGUGAGUUUCAAUGGCCUUUUUGUAGUCCCCCACCUGUACUGAAUGAUCAGCUAACCUAGAACCACUUAACCCUUUAACUCCUAUGAGUGACCAAGACAGAAUUUCUCUUUACAAUAUCAAUACAAUAUCAACCAGACAAGUGAUGAGAAUAAAGAAAAAUAUCAAUUUAGGGAUAAUUCAUAGAUCCAAUGCUAAAUUCUCUGAACUAACAUUAUAAGAAUUGUAUGGCUGACAGUGAGAAGAAUUACAGAUUUGAUCUGGGAAUUAAAGGGUUACUAAUCAAAACUACUUCAAAAUUCUUUAAAGUGAUUGGCUAUCACCAGCCCGAUUUGAACACUAAUAAGGACAGUGUACGUUCUGACUUUAACUCUGUUUUUGUGUCAUUUCUUCAAGCUGUUCAAUCUGUUGUUGAUUAUUCAAUUUAGGGCAGUGGCGAGUACAAAGCUCAGAUUGUUAUUAACUCUUGCUCGUAUUAAAUCAUUUCAGCCUAUAAAAGUAGAACAUCUGUAUGGUCUGAGACGGAAAACUGGUGGUUCAGAGGAUGAAAAGGUAAAUACAGCUUAAUGUAGACAAAAAGUAAACCUCAAAUAACUUAACUUCAUCAGUAAGAAGAGGGUUUGUACCUGGCCUGGAAAGUCAUGGAAUUUUGGUUUAGGACCUGUAAAGUCAUGGAAAUUUGUGGAAAAUCUGCGGUCAUUCUUAUGAGCUCAAAGCAGUGGAGAUCUGUCUUUGAAAAAUUAACCAAUAAUUCAAAAUGUAAGAUUUGAUUUUAGUAGAAAUAAACAGUAGCAGGUGUUGUAAGAUCUACUCUUGCAGAUGUUUUUGUUUGCACUGCAUUCUUGCGUGAUAUUUAUGCAAAUUUGUGAACCAUUUGGAAAGGACCAAAAAGUACACUUGCUUAACUUAGGUAAUUUUUUUAUUUUUUGAAAAGAAAUGGAAAGUCAUGGAAUCCUCACUGCUUAAAAAAUGCACAAGCCCUAUAGGAGUACAGGCAAUUUUUGUUUAUGGGUAUUGGAGAUAGUUAAUACACUCUUCAAUUAAAGCCCUGAAGUGGUUUCAAAAUGUAGUAAAGACCCUUAUGUUUGUUGAGCUGGGAUUAAUUUUUCUUCUAAUUCAUAGAUUCCACGAGUUUCACAAAGUGGAAUAAAACCUCCAGGAUUUGGUUGUCAGCCAAGACGACGUCGCACAAGUUCAUCUUCCUCUGUGUCUUCCACUUCUAGUGCUGUAUCAGUUCAAUCAAGUGACAUGAAUGAGACUUUUGUCGUCUCCAAAGGUUCUUCUUCUGACAUUUCAUCUAUUCCAACUGUCUGUGCACGCAAAGUUCCAGUUACUAAGGCCUGCUUGAAGCCAGUAAAUGGAAAUAGUGCAUUGACAAAGCCUACCUUUUCCAGGCCUAAAGGACGACCUCAGCCAGUGAAAGCACUUCCACAGCCAGUCACUCACAGCAAGAAAGCUCCACCAACACCAACUGAUGUUCUGAAAUCAAAGAAGGUGCCUGGCCACACCCCUGGGCGUCGCUGGAGUGGAAUCUGCUCUGAGCAAAUGGUCACCAGAUCACAAACACCCAAUAGCAUACAGAGGUCCAAGUCAUUUAAUACACCUGUAAGGCUAAGUAAGAGUAACACUCCAACAGGCCAGGCUGUUAGACGGGCACAAACUCCCACUAAAGGGAAAAGCACAGCAGUGCCUUUGACUCCAAGGAGAAGAGGUAGUGUCACACCAAGGGCUAGUGCCUCAAAAGUUCAAACAUCUGUGCAAAGGCGCAAAAGUAGUACAACAGCAGCUGUAUCCUCAAAGGCUCACAACAAGAAUGCCCCCCUGCCAUCUACACCUGAAAAUGCAUGUUAUGCAUCCAUUGAUAAUGUUACUCCACCAAAUCCAGGUAGAGAUCAUGAUUAUUGAUGCAGUUAAAUGCAAUUUAAUGGAGUUAAUAACAAAGAGCAUAAGCAUUCUCUAGUGGUCAGCGGUUUUCUGCAUAUGCACAUGUGUCAGAACUCCACAUGCUCUUUGUUUGAGGCAUUCAUGUGUGUGCUUAGAGUGUGAACUUGCAGCAUUGUGAGGAGUGCCAGCUCAUCAUCCAGGCAGUUUUCACCAUCCCUUCCCACUCUCUUUCCACUGUUUAUUCAUUGUUACAGGUGCCUGUUUCCCUUUACUGUGAGGGGGCUCAUAGCUGAGUUGCUAGGAUUUGCCAGCCACAGGAGAAGUCUCCAUCUAGGAGCUGGCUGUUAAUAGUGGAAGUUCCUGGAUGUUUCAGGCUCCCUACCUCCAUUUAGUGAUGCUGUUGUUAACUUAGUGGUAAACUGCCCUUCCUUGCAGAGCAAAACUCAAUGCAUGAUUACUACACAUGUAUGUUUCUGGGGUUGAAGGAAGCCAAUCUCCAACUUUAUUAGCACACAAAAUGAACUUUGAAUCACUUUUGUUUUGACAGAUAAUGAUGGGUGCUCAGCCAACACUUAACAUAGUGGGUUUGGGAAUGAGAUCAGAGAAUUCAGAAUUCCAAGGCUAAAUUUCAGUGGGCUUGGAGUGAAGCUUUUAUGUAACAUAUGCUCCUGUUACAUAACACUUUCCCCCACCCCCACUAGUUUUUUUAAUGGAAAGCCCUUGUAACUGUCACAGUUUCUUUACCCUUACCUACUUCAAGUCUAUUUACUACUAUUAAUUUUUUAGCAGCUUCCAGUAAUGUUUCAAAAAGGAAGUCACUGAGUGCAAAUGGCCAAAAAAGACGCUCUCUUCUGCCAACUCCUGUGAAAAACAGGAUCACUAGAUCCCAGUCACAGAAGUCUAGAUCAAUCAGCAUCAACAAUGAGCCUCCUGGACCCCUUUCAUUCAGCUCCUCCCCAUCAGCUGAAGUCAAACCAAGGAGUUCUGCCUCAAAACCAGAUCCAAAUCUGCAACUAUCACACACAAGAUUAUCUGAUCCAUUUUCUCCAGCUUCCCAGUUCGUUUCCAUUGAUCCAAAAAGUGUGAACACUAGUGACCAUUCAGUUGCUGGAAAUUUGAUUGAAUGGUCACCUGCUGUCGCCAGGGAAGUAAGUGAGAUUAUCAUAAAACCACAGGUUUAA